AUGUCUACUCCUGAUCCUCCAAUGGGAGGAACGCCUCGUCCAGGGCCUUCUCCUGGGCCUGGGCCUUCUCCUGGUGCUAUGCUGGGCCCCAGCCCUGGACCGUCUCCAGGUUCUGCACAUAGCAUGAUGGGCCCCAGCCCCGGGCCACCAUCAGCAGGACACCCUAUACCACCACAAGGGCCCGGAGGUUAUUCUCAGGACAACAUGCAUCAGAUGCAUAAGGUAAUAAACCACAACAUUGCUUUGCUUUUGUGUAUAUAUAAUAUACUGCUGUGCUCUCCUGGUGUGGAAAAUCAAGUGAUCUUUGUCGCAAUCUUCCUUCUUUCAACGUCCCCUCCCCAGUAAAAUGUAGCACAUCUCUUCUCAGUCUUAUGUUUCAGCCUAAGAAAUAGAGGCCUUCCCCUCGCAGGUCCAUUCUUUAGAAAUUUAAUAUUUUAGUUCUCUGGUUUUAACCACAUCCUGGGGCUUCAGGUGACUGUUUCUACGUGGUACUGAGACUUGCCGUUUUCCAGAUUGUGUUAACCCCCAAUGUUUCAGGCAAUUUUUCCGUUCUGAAAAGUGUUUCAUUGCUAUCUUGCUGUGUGAAAUGUCCAUACAUCUUUUAAAAUUAGGCCAUCUUGUACAUUUUUGAAAGAAGGUAGAAACUUAGCAGUGUUGGUGGGCAUACUUAUUACCUAAGUCACACACACUGCAAGAGCACCUUAACCGACAGGUGUUUAGAAACGGAACUUUAAUGUUCAGUGAAAUGUGUGUAGUAGCAGUUCUCAAUAAGCUCGUUUGCACAUCCCAUUGGUUUCAUAUCAUGCACACUUAGAAACUGUUCCAGUGAAAUAGCUAUUUAAAUGGAUUUUCGAUAUUUGUUUUUAUAUUGUUGUUGCAGCCAAUGGAUUCCAUGCAUGAGAAGGGAAUAUCUGAGGAUCCUCGUUACAGCCAAAUGAAGGGCAUGGGAAUGAGGGCUGGUGGGCACACAGGAAUGGGACCUCCUCCUAGUCCAAUGGAUCAGCAUUCUCAAGGUAUUGCUUUCUUAAGAUUAAUAUGCAUCAGAUUGCAGAUUAACUCUGUAUUCUUGAUAUAAAUUACAGAAUCUGAGAUUGUUUUUAAGCAAGAAAAAGAUUUUCAAUUUUGGUGGUACUGGAUAAGUUGCUGCUUUUACAACUGGGCAGAUGUAGCAGGCAGUAACAGCACUGCUUUCUGUUACUGAUCUGACUGAGAACCACCUCCGCAGACUUUCAGCAUACAUUUGAAGCAUUUGUGCUCUUUAUUCCUAGCAAAUUUUGGCAUUAUUAUGGUGUGCGUUUUUAAAUAAAAACAGCUGUAUAUUAUAUUGUUGUAUCCCACCUUGGAACCUUACGGUGAAGUGUGGGUAAGAAAUAUUUUGAAUAAAUAUCUCGUUUUAAAUGGCUAAUUAAAAAUUAAAAUUAGAUAAACGUAUCUGUAAAAUGCAAAAGCAUGUUUAAAAUAUAAUUGUAUUUAAAGCUUGAUUACAGCAGAUUGAUCUCUCUCCCUCUGUCUGCGCACUCUUCUCUCUAGGUUACCCUUCUCCUCUUGGUGGUUCUGAACAUGCAUCGAGUCCAGUUCCAGCUAAUGGUCCUUCUUCUGGCCCCCAGAUACCCUCUGGUCCUGGAGGAGUCCCAUUAGAUGGUACUGACCCCCAAGCGCUAGGGCAGCAGAAUCGUGGCCCAACUCCUUUUAACCAGAAUCAGCUGCAUCAACUGAGGGCUCAGAUAAUGGCCUACAAGAUGCUUGCCAGAGGCCAGCCUUUACCUGACCAUCUUCACAUGGCCGUGCAGGGAAAAAGGCCAAUGCCUGGAAUGCAGCAGCAAAUGCCAACUCUACCUCCACCUUCUGUAUCUGGAACAGGACCAGUGCAAGGACCAGGGCCUGCACCUGGACCAACACCUCCGAACUACAACAGACCUCAUGGUACGUAUAGGCUUAAGUGCAUUAUUCUGGGGAGAUUGGCCACAGAGUAACCCACUUCUGCUAGAGCUCCUCCUUCUCCCUCUCCCAUUUAAGGAGUGAUGCAAACGGUGGAGGAAGAAAAAUCUUACUCUGUGUGUAUGUGUCUGUCCAAUGUAUGCACAGGUAUGGGAGGGCCUAACAUGCCCCCUCCUGGACCCUCAGGAGUUCCCCCAGGAAUGCCCGGGCAGCCCCCUGGUGGACCCCCAAAGCCCUGGCCUGAAGGUAAGACCUUUGUGAGGGCAGGAUUAAUUGAAGUUUAGCUUUUUUUUAAAGUUGUAUAUUGAAAUACAUUUUGCAUGAACAGCAAAAUCCUAUAAAAACUUGAAGGAUGCAACUGUACUUUUUGUUGAGUUUUGUUACAUUAAACUAGCAUGGCUACCCCUAUAUAAUCCAUGCCAUAUCACAUUGUUUCAGUGAUACCAAUUUGGCCAUUUUUUCUGAGUUGAAAGUGAUAAUUCUUAAGAUACGUGUUCAAAAAUCAGUUUGAAAACUGCCACUGAAUUACAGUUCUAAUUUUUGUGCAUGAAUUAUUAUUAAAUUUAUUUUUAUGACAUCUCUGAUACCUCAACCCAGCUCCUCUUCUCCCCCUCCUCCUGAUUGUUGUGGUGCCAAUGGUGACCCACUUUAGGACAAGCUGUUAUUUUCCACCUUUGGGUCCCAGUCCAGUAGUUGAAGACAAAUGCUUUAAAUAACUGCAAAGUGGGUUUCAAAUCAUGGGAUUUAAAAACUUUAACUAGGAUAUCUUUUGACUUGAUUGAUUCUGCUAUCCAUGCAUAAACUGAACACCUCCAAGCUAGUCUGCAGCACCAUGAGGCUGAAAAAGAUUACAGAACUCCUCAGCCAUCUUGAUGUUUCAAAUCCAGAAAUUCUAUAACUUCCACCAUUGGAAGGUAUAAGUACCAUUAGAAACUCCAGGUCACACUGGAAAGUCAACUUCUGGGGAUUACUGUAUUAAAUUUGAGGUAAUUUGGCACUGAUUUGUUAAAAAACAAUAAAUAUUCAUUGGCAAAAAAGGGGAACUUCUGCCUGACAAAUGGAGUCAUCUUCAAGUAGGAUAAGAUCAAGUCCUGAAAACCGCAACAUAUUCAGACCACUUUCUUUUUGUUCUGAAUUUGUGUUUACUUUCCUCACUUAAAAAGGCCUCUGGGACUUGCCUCAGCAGGAUCCAAACUCCCUUUUGUAACAUACAGUUUUGAGGAGGAAAAUGGGCACUAGCUGUCUGAGGCCAUCGGAACAAGGUGGCGGUUUGGGGGUAUGUUUUGAUGCUAGUAGGAGAAGCUACUGUGCAAACUGCUGAAGGUGUUAUUAGUGUAUCAGAGAUUUCAUGUAGCUGGUUUUGCCAGCUUCUAGUUAGAUUCCUUUUCCCUUUAUGUUCUGUAUUUUUGGAUCCACUCCUCCCAGCCAUAGAGCUCCUGCAAUAUUUAGGUUUUUCUCCCAAACCAGAUAAGCAGAUAUUUUACUCUUUGGAAUGGUUCUUAUUGAUGGCUCAUUUUCUCUAGACAAGUACACCAAAUAGAGUUAGAAAGUUGUAAACAUUCCAUGACAUCACAGCAGCUUAAUGGCUUGAAUAAAAUGGUGGUUGAAUAGUAAUAGUUGUCAAACAGUUUUCAGCUUAUUAUUAUAGGCCAAAUAGUGGAAUAGGUGUUCGCAUUUAGUGCUCCUUUAAUUCAUUAUAGAGAUCACUAUAAGAGGGUGUGGUAUUUUUUCAGGUCAUUUCCUGGGUUGAGAGCCAGUCUCAUGAGUAGAUGGAAUGGCAGGUGUAUACAGCGGAGGCCAUAGCAAGCCACAGUGGGAAGUGGUUGACUUUCUCUUAGCUUACUGUAUAAGAUGUCUGUGAGGAUGAGCAUGGGAGCAGAACACCACUAUCUCCUGUCUUGAGCUGCUUGCAGGAAGGUUGGGUUAAAUUAUAACAAAACUAAACUAUUAUUCAGCUGUUUAAAUGUAGAAAUUGGUCCUUGAACACUGCAGUCUUUAUGCUCAUAUGUGCUUAUAUCAGGCUCUUACACGAGGGAGUCUUUAACAGCCUUCUUCCUACCAACGUUCUUCUAUAGGACCAAUGGCAAAUGCUGCAGCCCCUACUAGCACACCUCAGAAACUGAUUCCUCCUCAGCCAACAGGCCGUCCUUCACCAGCACCUCCGGCGGUACCUCCAGCAGCAUCCCCUGUAAUGCCUCCCCAAACUCAGUCACCGGGACAACCAGCCCAACCUGCCCCAAUGGUGCAACUCCACCAGAAGCAAAACCGUAUCACUCCAAUCCAGAAACCAAGAGGACUUGACCCAGUUGAAAUCCUUCAAGAGAGGGAGUACAGGUAAAAAUGUAGCUACUACAAGCUUAACUGUUUCACUGGUGCUUCUGGGCAACAGGUUGACUUUAAUGAAGGCUGCAUUCAGUGAAGUGACCUUUGGGGGCCUGUUAGCACUAUUCUAGUCUUGGUCUUCAUUGUGCUCUCAUGCUGGAACAGCAGGAGAAUGUUAUUAGCAAACCUGUGUUUGACCAAAGCCAAGUGUUACAGCUUUGUCCCUUUGCAGAGGGGUGGAUUUAGGUUUAUCUUGAACCUUUGUUGCCUUUCUCUUAGCUUCCUGACCCCUUGGUGGAUAACUGCUGUAGCUGAUAUCUCUUGUUUAGACAUGAUAAAAGACCUAAACAGAUGCAUUGUUUGUCUUAAUCUACUGUGUCAGACUGCAGGCUCGCAUUGCUCACAGGAUACAAGAACUUGAAAACCUUCCUGGGUCACUGGCUGGUGACUUGCGAACCAAAGCUACCAUUGAACUUAAAGCACUACGGUUGCUUAACUUCCAGAGACAGGUAGGCUGAGUUCCAUAGCUGGAACUCCUGUUGCUCAAGACUAUUUUGGAAAUCGGAAUCACAUAUUUUACUCCAGGGUUUUGUCACUUAAUGAAACGUACAAGAGGCAGCAUUUCAGAUUGAGUAGUUUCAUUUCAAUAAAAUCAGAAGCUUAAAAUGUGACAACCAUCUCCUGGUCUUCCAGGGUCAGUUACUUGCUUUUCUGGUAAUUUUUUUGUUUAGAUAUGGGCUUGGUUUCAUAAUAGAGGACCAAAUCAAUUGUCAGGUGUGCCAGUGCUGUUUUGUAUUCAUAGAAACGUAUCUUGAAAGCAAGAGGUGCUAACUUGUGCCAAUACUAUCUUGGUGUAGUCUUUUAACACCUGGCCUACCUGUUUUGCUUGAAGUGCCAGAAUUUGUUUGUGCCUUAGGCAAAUAUGUCUCUGUUUUUAUGAACUGGAAUAAUUUUCUAUUUAUGUCUGCCUCAUAUUUAUAUAUCAUAAGAUAGUUAAAAGAGGUGGCAAUUCCGUAGCUUUCCUUUUGAAGAGAAAAUGACCAGAUAGCCAUACCAAUGUAGAUAAGUCCUUCAAAAUGCACUUACUGUUCUUUUCCUCUUAUUUUCCUUUGUUCCAUUUCUUUGCUGCUUCUUUGUCUCCCAUUUUAUCCAUGCUCCUCUUCUUUCCCUUUCUGUUCUCCUUUCAGCAUUUCCUUCUCUUUCUACACAGUUAUCCACCUUAUUAUGUCUUCCUUCUCCACUCUGCUUCCCCCACAAAUUAUUGUUUGGUCUUCUGCAUAUCUUUAUUGAAUCCAUGUGCAUCUCCCCCAUGCCAUUCUUCUUUUCUCCAGUGCUCCCACUCAAUAAUUUUCCGCCCAGCCCACCCAUUUUUUAAAUUUACCUUUAGCUUUAUUAUUAUUAACCUUUUUUCUCCAAAAGCCUUUCCUAGACUAGGCCUCACUUUGAAUCAAGGUGUUUCAGAGACCUUGGAUUUUCCUCUUCACCUAUCCUUCCUCUGUUGUGUUUGGCAACUCCUCUUCCUGAAGGGCAUUUUGGGGGUGGUUGUGCUCAUCUAAGUACUGUUAAAAAAAAGAAAGAAGAAGGAGCAGGUGGAGUUACUUGAAUAACAAAAUAGAAAUAAUAAGCAAUAUCAUCAUCAUUUUAUUUGUAUGCCGCCUUUCCAUAGUUGAAACUAUGCUCAAGGCGGCUUACAACAUGACAAGAUUUACAUAAUUACAAACAGAAGUCGUAAACAAUAAAUAAAACGCAUCAAAAGUACACAACCUAAUGGACACAAUUUCCACAUGAAUAAUAAGUUCUAAAACUAAAGAUACAACUUCCAACUGGAAGAUUGUAAUUGAAAAUGAAUAAAUUAUUUAAUAAAACUAAAGAUAAAACAAUAAUAUCAGUAACAGUAACAGCUCUCUCAACCCCCCAGAAUCAAUACUCCAGCCCAAGAAUCUGUUCAACAGCCUCAACUUGUGUAGCUGGAGUCAGUCAGCACUCCACUCUCCCAGGCCAGAUGGGAAAGGGCCAGUAAGGCAGGGUGCAGGUCUUCUAGGGCUCACAGCCAAGAUGGUCUCAUUUAAAAGAACACAGAUAAAAAUUAAAAACAAUUUAAAAGAGGAGCCCUUGGUGCUAAGCAGCAACUGCAGUCCUUGUGAAACCUGUCAAGCCCCGCCCCAAGCCAGGUGGAGAGAAGCAAGGGCAGGGCCCUUUAGGCCCUCAGCAGGCAGUCCUAUCAAUCAUUUGAGGUGGCUAUCCAUGUAUAUAUGCUUUGUUGUCCUGCCUUGCUUGGAAUUCUAGUGGUUGGGGCUCUGAGGUUCAAAGGAACCUCAGAUGUGGAUACGUCUCACGCCUUUCAGCAGGGUCAUGUGCGCAUCUUCCCUGUUUAAAUAGACUGAUAAAUGAAGGAUCCCCUAAAACAGUGAUGGCCAAACUUGGAACUACAACUCCCAUCAUCACUAGCUAACAGGACCAGUGGUCAGGGAUGAUGGGAAUUGUAGUCCCAAAACAGCCGGAGGGCCAAGUUUGGCCGUCGCUGCCCUAAAACAUAUUGGAGAAUAGGCCCCUUCCUAUUCAUUUUCCUUACCUUGCCCAUCCCUUUAAGGUAUGUGUACGUAUAUAUGAGAUCUAAACCAUUCUGGGGCUUUGAGACCAUUUCUAUAAAUACCAUGUUGUAUAGUUUCUCCUUAAGUUUAGCACUUCCAUUCACUCAGUUUAACACUAACACAAUUAACGCUUUGCUUUUUCUUUUGAAAAACCACUAAAAAAGACAAUUGCAAAAAUAUCUUCUUGUAAUGUGCAGUUUUGGAUAUGACUUGGCAGGUACAUGCCUUCCUUUCUCAACUUUCAGAUCGGAAUUGACUCUUUCUUUUAAAAUUGUUGUUUCAAAGCUGCGUCAAGAAGUUGUGGUAUGCAUGAGAAGAGAUACUGCUCUGGAAACAGCACUGAACGCCAAGGCAUACAAACGUAGCAAACGGCAGUCCCUGCGGGAAGCUCGCAUCACUGAGAAGCUGGAGAAACAGCAGAAGAUCGAACAAGAACGAAAACGCCGGCAAAAACAUCAGGCAUGCAAUUCUUCUGUUUUUACGUGAGAUGGUGGUGUGGAGAGGAGGGUGGCAAAAAGAGCAGUGCCGGUGAACAUUUAUUAUACUACUAAUGUUUCCAUUUUAUUUUUCUACAUGAAGUUACUGCAUUGUUGUAGGUAACUAAUAUGCAGCAAACAAAGCAACCCCAUCAAUUUCUUGAAUGAGGAGAAGGGAAAAUUAGGUGGUGGGGUUGAAAUCACUCCUAAAUGUUAAGAAGGCUAAAGGGUUAAGAGAAGAGGGUUAAAAGAAGAGAUAAAGGGAAGUAAAAUGUAUGGCAACAAUGGAGGUGACGAACUAGGUGCAUCAGUGGUCAAAGAGCUAUUGAAAAUAUGGAGUUAACCAUCUUUGGUAUCCAUCGCUGUAGGUCUGAUUUCUUUAGCAUAAAAAGUUAGCCUAUCGCUGGCCUGUUUAUCCAGAGAGGGAGGUAGAUGAGAUUUCUAAUGUUCUCUACAAUAAACUUCUUAGCUACUAAAACGGUUCCUGUAUUUUCAGAUUAUCAUGUAUUGGAACUGCCUAAACAUAACACUAUGAUUAAAAUCUUAAAUAAGAGUACACUGCACUGUUUUGCUUAGGACUGUUGAGUAGCAUUCCCACUACAAUCCUGUGAGGUAGGUUACAGCAGGCAUAGGCAAACUCCAGCCCUCCAGGUGUUUGGGACUACAAUUUCCAUCAUCCCUCGCUAACAGGACCAGUGGUCAGGGAUGAUGAGAAUUGUCAUCCCGAAACAUCUGGAGGGCCAAGUCAGGGAUGAUGACAGUGGAGUAGAGAUUUGAACCCAGGUCUUCAUAGUCCAAUCCCAAACCUCUUUCCACUGCAUCUCACUAACUAUAGGAUAGGGUCAUGUUCACUCCUUGUUCACCUUUGGCCACUCUCUGUAUCUGAGGAGGAGAUGUUUUUGAUUCACUGAGUAUCCUUUGGCUUACCAUUCUCACACGACUGAGCCUACCUCACAAACAAUUUUGGUGUUCCCAUCAGGAGUUUAUGGGCAGCUUGGUGUACAUUGGGCUUCCCUGGAGGUUGCCUCAACCUGAGCACUCUGUUUGUCUGCUUCUGGCUUUGUGGAGAUAAGACUAAAGGAAAUUACAAACAGAAAUUGAGAUUUUGGCUGGAGGAAGGAAACCUAAAUUAUUGGAAGCAGUAACAUCCUGCAUAACAUUUGCAACAGCUAAGAAUGUGACUGGGCUUAAUAUGCAAUUGAAUACACUUGUAAUGGGCAUUUUGUGAUUGCUGAUAUCACAGUUGUAGAUUGCCAACAGUCUUAAGAGGCUCUGUCACAGGUGUAUAAAUUCUUUAAUCCCUUUCGUAUUACAUUUCCUUUUAGGAGUACCUCAAUAGCAUUCUUCAGCAUGCCAAGGAUUUUAAAGAAUACCACCGAUCUGUCACAGGGAAGAUUCAAAAACUUACAAAGGCUGUGGCCACUUACCAUGCCAAUACUGAGCGUGAGCAAAAGAAGGAGAAUGAGAGAAUUGAGAAGGAGAGAAUGCGCAGGUUGAUGGUAAGGUUUGUUUCAAGAUUGGAAACUAGAAAUGUUUCAGGCAUAAAAUUUGCCCAGCUGAGCUUGCAGUAGAUUGCAGUUUGGUACACUUUGUUUUAAAUAACGGUUGUUCCUAAUUGAAAGCAUUUUUUUUUUUAAAGGCUGAAGAUGAAGAAGGGUACCGUAAGCUAAUUGAUCAAAAGAAAGAUAAGCGCUUAGCCUACCUGCUUCAGCAAACAGAUGAAUAUGUGGCCAACCUGACAGAGCUGGUGAGACAACACAAGGCUGCCCAAGUUGCAAAGGAGAAAAAGAAGAAGAAGAAAAAGAAGGUAAGCUGGAGUUCAUUAACUUGCUGUGAUCAAUAAUGCUGAUGAAAUGCAAACUUCGUAUAAGCAUUUGGGUUGGAAGAUGCUUUUCAUUUCAUUUCAGGCCUUUGGUUGUGUGCUUCUGAAAAGGGUCCAAUUCUCUAGUUAUUUUAUUUUUUGGCAUAAACAACAUAGCAUUGCUAUCAUAGCAAAUCAGAAUAGAUCACACAAUAUCCAUAAAUAAAACACACAAAGCAAUUGUUGUUAAAUAGACUACUAUUUCAACAUUUUAUGUUAAAACCAGUCUUUUUUCAUGAGCAAAUAAUAUGACUAAAGGAUCUAACUGUUCUGUCAUAACCUGUUAGAUUUCUCACGGCGUCUUUUGAAGCUGCCGAGAAGGUCCAGAAUAUGCAAAACAUACCAGCUCUUCAACAUGUUCCUUACUCAUCUAUAAAUGUGAUUAAGCCUUAGAUGUCAUAUACCAACAGAACAUAUAUUUAUAGAAACUCUUAAGAUUUGUACUUACAUUUUGUUGUGGAACAUGUUGCCAUAGCCAGUUCUGGGCACCUAAGGAAAUACCUUGCUCCAAAUCCCUUUCCCAUAGCAAGCAGCCGGUUUGUGGUCCCUUCUCAAAAACUUCCUGCUUUAAGGAACAUAGAUGUUUCUGUGUCUGAGUGCAAUUAAUUAAAUCGAAUUUAUUUCCUUUAAAGCUUCCAAUUUUCUAUAUGUUGCCUUGGAACAUGUUUCUGCUCUAUUUGUACUAGAUCUUUAAAAUUUUGUAAUGUGGGUCUUGGUAAUGCAAUAAGCAAGUUAUAUACCCAUUCUCAAUUGAGCAUGGGAGGUAUCCAAGUGGAUUACAAUCUCCCCUAUUGAUUGGAAGGCAAGACUCAUAUGAACAGCUUUUUCCUGGAGACGUCUCCUGGUCCUUCAGUUCAUUUUCUGCCUUUGCUUGGAGCAAAUCCUACUUGCUACUCCUGUGUGUUAUUCCUGAGCCUCAGGCCUGUUGUUUUUCCUCCAUUUAGUUAGUCCCUUGUUUGUUUUCUCCUGGUCCCAGUCUCCUUUUCUUCAGCAUUCUUUUUUUAUUAUUAUUAUUUUUGUCUGAAAGCAAAGGAGGAAGAAACACUUUCUUAUCAUUCUACAUUGGUUUGUUGCCUAUAUUCUCUUAUUACCUGUUUUUACUCCCUCUCCUCCCUUGCUCCUACAGGAAAAAAGGCAAUAGUUUCCAAAAUUAUGCUCAGCAUUACAUCAUGACACAUUAUGUCAGGGUGGUCAAGCAUUCGUGGACUGCCUCAAUAAUUGUCAGGAGGCAAGUUCUAUCCUCUACUGUCAAUGUGCAUGUUCUCCGGGAGCUGAUCGUGUUUCUUGGUUGACCCCAGUUGUUGAUGUUGCAGCCACAACCAGGAAUGAGAUCCUCAUAGCACUGUACCUACUUUACAAAGGAUCACUGUGGCUCUUGUCUUCAGUACAAAACCAUCCAGGAUUCUUCCUGUACUCGCUGCAGACACGCUCUCCAGCCAGCACCAUUAUCACCCACAAAUGUUAGCCCUGCAGUGUCAAAUGUGGGCCUCCAGAGGGCACAUGAUGACUUUGAUUAUACCAGGCAUCCCCAAACUCAGCCCUCCAGAUGUUUUGGGACUACAACUCCCAUCAUCCCUAGGUAACAGGACCAGUGGUCAGGGAUGAUGGGAAUUGUCGUCCCAAAACAUCUGGAGGGCCGAGUUUGGGGGUGCCUGGAUUAUACUGAGGAGAUUGAUUCAGAAGGAGAAGGCAUUUUAAAUGCACUAGCAGUGAUUGAAACUGCAGUUCUCCAGAGGGGAUCAAACUGAAUGGUUAAGUCAAUGUCUGCUGUUAACUUGACAGUUAUUAAGCCAGUCCUCUUGUUUUCACCAUGACCUACAGAUCAUUUUGAACCACCUGAAGGAUCAUGGGUUUCUCAUCAGUCAAGACAAAAGCCAUCUACAUUCCACUUGCAGGAUUCAGCAUAAGGGAGCAAUGAUAAAUACUGCUCAAGGCACAUCCCCACUCUUCCUACUGAGAAGUUCUGCUUCACCAUGGCAUCUAUGGCCUCUAGCAGGACAGCAGAAAUAAUGGUUCUUGCCCAAGCUUUGGAACACAUAUUGCCAUGGGAAAGUUUCUAUUCUAGGCCACAUCAGUGGACACUUCUCUCAUAUCAAGAUGCCACUCUGGAAAUUUAUUUUUUCCCAUGUGGCAGUCUCUGUGCUGGUGGACAAGAUCUAGCAACUUCUCCAGGGGAGUCCUGAUCAAGGACUUGCUGUACAUGAAUAAAUGCCAGUUUCUUAGGAUAGGGAACCCACUGCAGGGGCACAUGGGAUAUAUCAGAAGCAUCCCACAGCUUCAGCUGAAGGACCAGCAACUUCAGUUCCUCCUCUCCUUGUAAUCUUUUCAUUCUAGCUGGUCACUGCACUCUGUAACUAAGAGAAAUGCUGCUUGAGGUUCGUUGCUGUUUUUGCCUCCUUCGUCACGAUCUCCUUUCUUUUCGUGUCAUGUCUUAGAUUGUAAGGCUGAAGGCAAGAAAUGUUUUAUCCCUGACAUCUAGGAGCCUUUUUUUGGCUGAAGAGUGGGAUAAAAGUGUCUUAAGUAAAUAAAGUGUUUAAAAAUGCAAUUUCCUAUUCUGUUAACAAAGGAUUAAUGUUCUUCCUUUAUUUCCAGAAGGCUGAAACUGCAGAAGGACAGACACCGGCAAUUGGACCAGAUGGUGAAGUAAGAUCCAAUAACAACAACAAUAAUCAUAAUAAUAUUCUCCCUAUUCAUGACUUUUCUAGCCACAGUUUAGUGUGCUGAUCUGUAGCCAUUAGUCAUAACACUAUAAAGUGCUAUGGAGCAGUCAUCAGAUACUGUUCCACUUCAUUCUUUCCCUAUUUCCCAAUUCCUUAAAAUGGUUAAAUGGAUAUUCCAUGUUCAGAGACAGUUACCGAGAAGGACACAGCAGGCUAGGGGCUGAGUGCUUUGGCCUUCAUGCCCUGCUUAACAUGCUGCUAGAAAAGUCUAGAAAAGUCCAAUGGGGUGACCUGACAUAGGCAGUCUUUGUGUUGCCAGUGUGCUCUCACUACUUGUGCAUCUAGUCUGACCAUCAAGAGCAGCACAAAUCCUUGAAGAAUUUCGGGGAGUUUUGUACUUUAUAAUCCCAAGCAAAUGUUAAGGACGUUCCAUUAAAAAGGCAUUGUUCCCUUCCACUUAACCCAAGCCAGAGCCACCAUGUUCUUAGGCCUAAACAGAAGAAUCGUAUAGAAUACUUUACCAGAGCCCUGUCUAGCCAUCAAGGCAUGAAAAUGACAGUUUCAAAAAUGGAGAGCAACUGCCUAUGUUGCUUUUGUGCUGGCAAUAACCUCUUCUCAUCCUGUAAGUUCUGUUGCAUGCCUUUUCAAUGUUUGGUCCUUUCUUUAUGUUCUUUUAUAUGUUUUGAUUACUUCCCACUGAAAAGCUCACCUGAUUUUGUGGAGCAGAUUCCUUGGUGGUAGUAGCAGGUUCCACCUGAGGCUCAGGAUCCGUGUCCUGAACCUUGGUCUGUUUUGGAUUGUCUGGACAAAGCGGAAGGCAUGGAAACCCAGCACUUGAGCCACAGGCUUAGAUUAAGGUUUUUGACUAUGUGGAAAUGAAUUUUGGAGGAUAGCCAGCAUCAACAUUCACAGGAGAAAAUUGAAAGAAAUGUUAAAAACAAGUUUCUGAUUGCUUCUUGAAAAUCAAAGCUUACCUGGUAGGCUAGAGGCUGUACUAACUUGCCACAGUCAACCCAGCUGAUGGUUCUUUACAAACUUGUCAAACUGCCCAACAUUUUUGGUAGUUUUCCCUCAGACUAGCAUUUACAUACCAUUAAUACAAAGAAAAUACAGUAGCGAUAUCUUUAGAGCAUCAGGUCUUUUACGUGAUAAAGGACUUUGCCUGUAUAGUAAAGGAAUAACCCUUCAUGUAACAUCCUAUCUAAAUUAAACUGAUAAGCCAUUUAAUUUAUAUCCACGCAAGUAACAAAAGGCAACUAGUUCUAAUUCUAAAAACAACUAAAUCUAAAUAUAUAUAUUUUAAAUAUUUAGGAACAAGAAAAUUUAAAACUCAAGGAAACCAUGUAAUAACUUCUUCCACCUUCAACAGUCAGUUAGAAAUGAGUAUAUUCAAACAGCUGUUGUGAUGACCUCAUUUACCAACCAGCAUUGUUGUCUAAGCAUGACUUCAUAGAGGAAAGAGAGAAGAAUGGUGAUUGGCUGACUAGAUGUUCCUGCUUAUAGGGCUUUCCACAAGCUUUAUAUGAUCAUAUUUCAAUAUCUGCUUCUUAGGAGGGUCAGCAGAAUCAUUAGCCUGAAGAAGUUAGGGCCUGCUGCCCAGUUAAAAAAGCCCUCAACUAGCAUGUUUUUGUGCCUUUCAACAAAGAUUGUUCUUCAGAAAUCUGCCAGUGAAGCUUAAUAUGAACAUUGCUGUUUCACUGCAGUUAAAGGCAAUUUGAGCACCAGCUCUCUGAGAGGUUCAAAGAAGAAACUACAGAACUGCUUUUGAACAAUUGAGCAGAAAAUAAAUGAGCUGUUUAAGCAGAAGGAUGAACUAAUGAAGAAGCUUGAAAACUUGUUGUUGAAAAUUAAACAGGAAACACAAAGUGCUGCCUCACGCAAAAUGACCUCAAGAGUAUUGUCAAUGUGUUGAAAGUGAUGGAGAAACAGUUAAAACAGGAGACUCACCACCAUAUUGAAAUAAAGCUAAGUUUGAAAAAUGAGCUCUGCAAGGAACAUGAAGGUUUUGGAAAAGAUCAUGAAAGGGCUGCAGAUGAAAGAAAUGGUACCUAGGCUUCAACGAGAAACUGUGGAAAAUGAAGAGCUGAAGAAUCAACUUAAAAGAAGCCAAAGAAUAAAUUGCAUGUAUAAAUAAGUAACAAUGAUAUAAAACUGCUUAAGGCUCAGUCUGAGAAACAUCCAGCUGAUGAGAGGACCAUCAAAGCCCAGGCUGUAAAUAAGCUGGCUGUAGUCAUUUCAGUCCAAGUCUCCUGGUCCUUAUUUGCCAGCUGCUUCCCUAUCGCAGCUUCACUGCAAACAGACCAUAGAUUUUCAGCCAUUUAGAUGGUAUCAUAAUCAUCAUAAUUUUAUUUGUGUGCCAACGUGAGGAGAUUUACAUAAUUACACACAUAACAAAAGUAGUCAUAAACAAUCAAUAAAACACAUUAAAACAUACACAACCAAAUUUAUUUUAAAUAAAAUUUAUUAUAAAAGCAAACAUACACAACCAAAUGGAGCAAUUUCCACAUAAAUCAUAAUGCAAUCUAAAAAUAGAGAUACAAAAAAUUAAUAUCUAUAACAGCAAAACAGCCCCUAAACAGUACCCCAACCCAAGAGUUUGUUCAGCAGCCUCAGCUUUUGUAGCUGGAGUUGGUCAGUGCCCUGCUCUCCCAGGCCAAGUGGGAAAAGCUAGCAGGGCAAAGAGACAGCAUUGCAUGUACUCACUAAUUUCUUCUGACCCUUUGUCUAUUCUAAUCAAACAUAUGUGAAGCACUCCAAUAGCUGCAGGAAUGUGCAAGUUUCCCUGUCCUUGUCCAACAAAGUGUCCACCAUGUCACAAAAGCUCUCAGUAAGCCAUUUUUCCCCAUAGAAUUAUAGUGUUGGAAGGUACCUUGAGGGUCCACCCCCUGCAAUGCAGGAAUCUUAACCAGAUCCUACAUGACAGGUGACCAACCAACUUUUCUUAAAAAGGAUGCAUAAACAGUACCAUCAUUGGGGACCCUCGUUUUUUGUACUGUGGGAAUAUAAAACAAUAAGUUUAACACACAUUUGUGUUUUUUCAGCCUUUGGAUGAAACCAGCCAAAUGAGUGACCUACCUGUGAAAGUGAUCCAUGUAGAAAGUGGGAAAAUUCUUACUGGCACGGAUGCACCGAAAGCAGGACAACUGGAUACUUGGUUAGAAAUGAAUCCUGGGUAAGUUGCCAACAGAUUUAAUCCUUUGUAUAUUGCCAUGAAAUUAGCACCUUGUAACUGCAUCCUGUUUGUUUGUUUGUUUGUUUGUUUGUUGGUUGGUUCAAAAGUCAUUUUCAUGGGGUCGUCCACUACUUCUGAACUUUGAUUGUUAAGAAAAGCUAGUUUGUAAUAUGCCUCUAAGUUUUGUCUUCAAAAGGGGAGUAUUGGUAUGGCAACAGCUAUUAGCCUCAGUUGCUUAAAUCAGAGGUUUUCAACUUGUGUGCCUCAGCACCCUUGGCUGACAGCGAUUGGUCAGGGAUGCCGUGGGAGGGCCCUCCUUCUCCCUCCCUCCCUCUUGACAUCAUUCUUGCAUAUCUGCAAAUCAAUCAAUCUUUGUCUCUUUCCCCACCCCAGUCCAGCCUGAAUCAUGCUGCUCCUCCUGCUGUUCCCACUUACAUGCACACCAAAAACCGCACCCGAAAAGGGUGGGGUGGGGCAGGGCGGAAUGUGGGUGGUGGGUGGGGGGCGGAACAGGGAAAUCCCUACAUAAACACGUCCUGUAAUGGAACCCCAGUGUACAUGGCUACCACGGGGGAGCUGCAGAAAGAAUGUGGUUGGUCAAGGGCACUGUGGACUCAAAAAGGUUCCCUAGAUAAAUCAAGCUUCCCUAUAAAGAGACAGUAAAUCUGGCUACCAGUUUCUAACAAGGCAUCUCAGAUGCCUCCAGCUGUUCACAGUUGGGGGGGAAGGAUGCUGGCCUUAGGUAGCUCCUUGAUCUGAUCCCACAGGGCUCUUCGUAUGUACUUGGGGCUCACAUUCAUGAAACCUUCCUUUGGUUGGAUGGCAUGUUACAGAGCAAGUGUUCUCUUUGUUUGAUUUUCCCACUCAGCAAUAUUGCCCUACUUUGGAAAUCCCAAGUCAUAGCUUCCCUCACUGUGUGGGAAAACAGAAAAUUUGAUUUGUGGUGAACUUAGAUUUUGCUUGUUUACCAGAGAAACAUUUUUCCCUUCCAGCCUUGGGCAUAUUAGGGAUUACUUUUUGCUGUGUGUACAAGGGACUGGAGUGGGGAUAACUUUUUAGAAAUGUCUCAUUUUCUCUGUUCAAGAUUCCCCCACCCCUAGUGCUACUGACAGAAUACAGACCCCUAUUUUCUAGACUUGAGAUUCUUUCUUCCUGCAAACUCCCCCAGUGACUUCAGAAAAGAGGAGCAACCCUAGCCAGAUUGCUCUCCAUGACUGAUUAAGUAGAAAAUUAAGAGUAUCACAUUUUCCUAUCUAAUUUUUUCCCCGUGUUAUCCAUAUUAGCCAUUUUAAUAUCUGUUUAAAUAGAUAUGAAGUAGCACCAAGAUCUGACAGUGAAGAAAGCGGAUCAGAAGAGGAAGAAGAGGUAUGAAGGAAUGGCUCAGCUUUCACAUAAUUUUCUUGAUCGUGUUCUGUGCAGAUGUAGCAGAUAAGCCAGAAGACUGCUGUGGAGGCAUGGUCAAUGCCCACAAAUUUUAUCUACAUAAAUUCCAUGUUAAAUAUUAUGAUAUACACAGGCUGUGGUUCUUGAGAUUUUGCCUGUGGUUGGUCAGUGUGUACAAGUAUUUCAGCAGACUGUCCUAAUUAAGACAGCAUUGAAAGCAUUUUGAUUUUACUUCGGUAUACAUAUCAAAACUGAUGCAGUUUCUGUUUCUGACAGGAGGAGGAAGAGGAACAACCACAACCUUCUCAGUCUGCUUUACCUGUGGAAGAGAAGAAGAAAAUUCCAGAUCCAGAUAGCGAUGAUGUAUCUGAAGUGGAUGCAAGGCACAUUAUUGAGUAAGGCUCACAUCAUCCCUCCGUGUUUAUGUUACCAACUAUCUUUCAGGUUUACCUCUAAAUAUAAGUGAAAGUGUCAGAUGAAGGUGUUGGUCUCUUCCUUCACUGGAGGUUUUUAAACAGAGGUAGGGAUGUUAUCUUGUCAGGGAUGAUUGAGCCAGAUAACCGUUGGGGUCCCUUCCAACUCUGCAAUUCUGUGAUUCUAAUGUAUAAGUUCACCCCACAAGGAGAAGAGGGCAGAGUCUGUGCUUGUAAGUCUACCAAAGUGUCUGAAAUCAACACACACAAAGACUUUAACACCAGGAGCAGAAAGAUACAAGGCUGUAGUUAAACAGGCUUGAGCAGAGGUUGCUCUUCUGAUAUCUCUUGUUCUUGCCCGACCUUUCCUACAGCCCACUUUCAAAGGGGCAAGAGGAAGAGUUCUCCUUCUACAGUCAAGGAGUAGAAGAGACUCUCUCGCUCCCUAUCUCUCUCUCUCUCUCCCCUACCCAAGAGGAUAGGAGUUGGGGAAAGGACCUAUUACUCUCCACCCCCAUAUACACGUAGGUAUCAGGGACACCAUAGAUCCAGGGUUAGUAGCUGGGUCUGGUUGUGUAAAUUAUUUUCAGCCUGCCUUUCUGGCUGACAGGAGGCCUCCAAGGUAACCAACAGAAAAUGAAAAUUAGUGCACAGUAACAUAUAAUACAAUUAUUUUUAAAUAGAGUCAUGACUUGUGAAAAAUUAAGGGAUUAAUUAAUUAAAUUUAAUUUAUUCGCCAUACAUUUUUCAUCUCAAGCUGAUUUACAGUAAAAGCAGGCAAUACAUUUCAGUAACAAUAAACUAUGGAUAAAAAUAACUUAUAUAACUAAUUGGCUAAAAAAUAUAGCACAGCAGCAGCAUCAUAUCCCCCAGUCAUUCACCUAAGAGAGAAGCAGGUUAUAGAUCACUUGAAUGAUCCUAGAAGAGGGGAUCCACGGUGCUGUGUAGAGUUAGAUCUGCCCCUCACUGUUCCUUGUAUAGUGGAACAUUGACAUUCGAAUGUAAUCUGUUCUGGAAAUCAGUUAGACUUCUGAAACAUUUGAAAACCGAGGAUCAAAGGGCUGUGAGUAAGUUCAGUGGGGAAAAUUGAGAAAUGCGCCUCAGAUGCUGUUCGACUUCCAAGGCAUGUUUGAAAAUGGAAGCAUUCACUUCCUGGUUUUUGGCGUUCGGCAGCUGAAAUGUUCAGCAGCCGAGACGUCCAAAAACCGAGGUUUGUCAUGCCAGUUUCCAGCCUGAAACACUUAUCUCCCACAUUUAGGUUGAUCCUAUACAAAAAAAUACACAGCAAACCAACCAACCAAUAACCCUGCUCAAACAAACAAUUGUCUUUGUCACCCUGCACUAUAAAAGGUUAAGUUUUCUUUUAAAUGUUCUAAGUUAGUAAGAACAGAAAAGACCCUGAUGUUGGGAAAGAUUGAGGGCACAAGGAGAAGGGGACAACAGAGGACGAGAUGGUUAGACAGUAUUCUCGAAGCUACCAGCAUGAGUUUGACCAAACUGCGGGAGGCAGUGGAAGACAGGAGUGCCUGGCGUGCUCUGGUCCAUGGGGUCACGAAGAGUCAGACACGACUAAACGACUAAACAACAACAAGUUAGUAAGGGUUUUGCCAGUUAGGUAUAUGAUCCACGUUUACACACACCCCCCUCUCAUUUUUUCUCUCACUCUUAACCCAUUUCCCCAACCUCUUUAAUUUUUUCCCUUAGGAAUGCAAAGCAAGAUGUUGAUGACGAGUAUGGAGUGUCUCAAGCCCUGGCAAGGGGGUUACAGUCUUACUACGCUGUGGCUCAUGCAGUCACUGAAAGGGUGGACAAACAGUCCACUCUCAUGGUGAAUGGUGUCCUCAAGCAGUAUCAGGUGAGAAACUGAAAGCAAGGCCCUUUUCUUCAGAGCGGUGUUAGCUUAGGCACUUGUGCUGCGUGUAGAUGUGCUUAAAAUUGCAAAAGAGGAAGCAAGUAUUGACAGUAUUUUCUCUCCAUUUGUCCAGAAACGUGUGAGCAUUUCUUUUUCUUUUCCCAUAGAUUAAAGGUUUAGAGUGGCUAGUAUCCUUGUACAAUAAUAAUCUAAAUGGAAUCCUGGCAGAUGAAAUGGGUCUGGGUAAGACAAUCCAGACCAUUGCUUUAAUUACAUACCUCAUGGAGCACAAACGUAUCAAUGGACCGUUCCUCAUUAUAGUACCUCUGUCGUAAGUAUUCCUAUUGGAUCCAUCUGCCACUUAAGGAUUGUCACAUUCAAACGCCUCUGUGUUCAUGCAAAAUAUCUUAUUGUAGUAUAUCACCAUUAUAGUUCUGAUGCAGCCAUCUGGGCUGGUCUGCUUCGUGCAGAAAUAGGAACAAAAUAUGGUCACCAAAUUCAGGAAACAUGAUAGAAACAGGGUGAGACUAGCAGUGUAUGUGUGGCGAUAGUAUAAAUAACUUUCUGAAUUGGGAGCGUUAAAGAUUAGACCUAUUAAGCAUAGCAAGAAAUCGCUGAGGGAGUGUGGCUGGUGUAAUGCUGGAAGUAUUAUUUAACUCAGACUUAGCAAAAAGCUGGUUUGCAUUAACCACUGCAUGGCCACUUUUUGAGGCAUGUUACUAGGCCAGAUUAAUCCCAUUCAGUUCUUUGAUUCCAUGUAACUGUAUAGUUGGUUGAUUUGAAUCAGGUGGUCAUAAGUCAAAAAGUGCUAUGAAAUGUGUAAAUACUGUAUUUGAAGUGCCACGGGGAACUAGUCUGCUUUGUAUUAUUCCUCCAAAGCUUUUAGUGUUCUAUUCUUAAGAGGAACUAGGUCCAUAAUUCAUAUCGUUAUUUGAUGCACUAUUUGCAAGAGAGACGGCAAAAGCAUUACAUGAGCUUUGCUAAUAAAACAAAUGGCUGCUUGAAAAACAAGUUUGCAUGUCAAACUCUGUUUCAGGAUCGGUGAAACUGACUCUUAUCUCCAGCUAACCAAAUCACCUGAUAAACUGGCAGUUGUGAAUGCACAUUUGUAAUUCACUUUUUUGAUGUGCUAUUUUGAAGGGGUUGUACGCAGUUCUUGUUUUUUAAACUGCCAAUCUUCGUAUUAUGUGUGGUUCGUGACUAUAUAAAAUGAAGUCUUUGCUGUUUUUCUGUUCUAGAACUCUCUCAAACUGGGCAUAUGAAUUUGAUAAGUGGGCUCCUUCUGUGGUUAAAGUCUCAUACAAGGCAAGUAUUGUGGUUCAGAUUUUCAUUUCAAAUUUGUCAAGAUGGAAUGAUGAGUCAGUUAUGAUUCCCCAGCAUCCUCUGACUGAAAGCAAAUUGUUGCAUUUCCCUGUACAUUCAGAAACAACUGUGGCAUAAUAUUGGGGGCGGGGUCACCUUCCUGUUUCUUAAACUACUCUUGCCCAUCAGUGUAACAGGACUGCUACAGAAAAGCUUCUUCUAAAGUUAAAGAGAGAAAAUGCUUAUUUUUUUCUUCUUAUUUUCCAACGUCCAGCAUAUUUGUUUGUGACCCAAAGUUGUCAGCCCUCCCCCCAAGCCUCUUGCUUUUCAACUUCUUUCCUGCAAAUAACACACAGCUUCCCCCCAUAAUCCCUCAGACCUGUGUGUGAAAAGGAAAUUUCUGUUUCCUUAAGUGGUAUGCAUCUUCAUCAGCCUUUCUCCAUUAACCCUUCUUUCUCAGACAUCUCCCUGUACCUUCUGCCUUUUUCUUCAGUGCUCCUUUUUAAUUUACCUUUCCUGUUUCUGCUUAUUUGUGCAUUGUCUGCUUUUCUUGUAAUUCCUUCCAGCCUAUAAGCUCUACAUUCCUUGUAUCUAAGCUUCCCUCAGCCAGCCCCACAAAACCCCUGUCUUUUGUUUGCCUUCCUUUGCUAAAUCUUGACUGCAGACAACUUUGUUAGAAAGUUCAUGUUCUAGCUCAGCCAGACAGAGUCAGGGGUUUCGCAGCCGCAAGUGCAACACAAAUGUCAAUUAUUUCUCUGAAUUCUGUGCUUAGUUUUUCUUAAUUCUUUUUGUUAGGGCUCUCCGGCUGCAAGACGGGCAUUUGUACCUCAGCUUCGAAGUGGGAAGUUUAAUGUUUUGCUCACUACAUAUGAAUAUAUCAUCAAAGAUAAGCACAUUCUUGCAAAGGUGAGGCUUUCCUGUUUGAAAGCAGGAUUUGCUGGUGUGUUGAUUUUCCAUUAGUUCUAGAAAUGAAUCAUUGUGGUAUCCUAAAGGUAUAGACAAUAUUAAACAGCUUUUCUUGCAAAACCAACGUUAAGUAAAAUACAUUAUUGGUAUUAGAAUAACAGAUAAAUGAAGCAUUUACAACAUCCCCCCACCAUGCAUAACAUUUUCCUGAUUACUGAAAAAUGGAGGACCCUUGCUUAUUUUGUCCUUUUAAACCAGGGACAGGGAACCUAUGGCUCUCCAGAUGUUCCUUCCUUGACCACCAUCAAUGCUGGCUUGGGCUUAUGGGAACAUCUGGCAAGCCACAGGUUUCCCCACCCCUGAAUUAAACUGUGGUGUCUUCUCUCCCAGUCACUUGAUCUUCAAGAUGGAUCAUGUCAGUUAUGUCUUCUGAAGCAAUUCAAAGUGGCAGGCCCCUUUCCUCUCUGAUUAAGAGCAGAUACCCAUCUCACCCAUAAUGAAAGGGAGAAAGAAAGAGUGUAGUGUACGUGUGAAUAUGUUGGUUUUUUUAAAAAGAAGAGUAAUUCAGCUAAUGCAAAUGGCACUUGUUGCAUAUGGUACUGUGGUUGAAUAUGAUAUGCAAUCUCUUGCUUCUCAGUUCUCAUUUGGGUGAGAUACUUUUGCUGCAGUAACACCUGUACAAUAUUAUUUGCUCAUUGGUUGCGGUUUGUCUUGGUUGCAUGAAUAACACUGCAUGUGCUCUGUUGUGUUAUGUCCUUAUUAAAUUUUCAAUAAAAAGCAAUAUUGAAAGAACAAAAAUAAAUAACGGCUUAUGUCAGCCCACAUGUCAGCUGCCUCGUAUGGCUCAUUAACUUCAACUGCAAUCAUCGAACCCUUUGCCAUAGAGCAACAGCAGUGUCCUGGGAGAUGUUGCCAAGAUGGGGUAUUAAUAAGUGCCAAUUCACAACUUUCUCAUCAUGAUUACAUUUGAGUAAUUGCUCACAAGAGCCAUAGCACUAGUUUAGCCUAUGUGGGAUGCUUCAGAAGUCCCAUUUCUCUGGAGCAUUUGAGGAUGGUGAGAAUUUCCCCGUCUUCAAUAUUUCCAUUAUAUUGAUUCUACCUGUUAUAUUGCUUCUACAAAUUAGUGGCAUAGUGAAUAUUCCCCUGCAUUUUUCUUAGGUGCAAAUUAAAACUGAACUAGUUUAACAGAUACCUAGCUACAUCCAAACUAUCACCUUGCUGUGGGGUGAGCUGUACUGUAUUGAAAGCCUAACAAUCAUACCUGAGAAGUAAACUCUUAAGUAAAGUAGAUUUGGUUACUGUCCUGCACCAUCAGAUUCGUUGGAAGUACAUGAUUGUUGACGAAGGUCACCGAAUGAAGAACCACCAUUGCAAGCUCACCCAAGUCCUGAAUACACACUAUGUAGCUCCACGUCGUCUGCUUCUCACAGGGACUCCACUACAAAAUAAGCUGCCUGAACUAUGGGCUCUGCUUAACUUUCUCCUUCCAACUAUCUUCAAGAGCUGCAGCACGUUUGAACAGUGGUUUAAUGCUCCUUUUGCCAUGACUGGAGAAAAGGUAAGUGCAGGAAGAAGUGUCUACCAGUGUUUUUCACCCAGGGUUUUUCACUCCAGGCUCUGGAGUCAUUUCCUGUCAGUCCCAUGAAAUUUUGCAAUCUUCCACCUUCACUUUCCCCUCCUUGCACUCUCCAGUCACCCAUAAAUAUUACCAGUUUUUAUUUAAUUGUUCUUAGGGAGAGGGGUUUGGAUUUUUUUAGGGUGUCACAAUGUGAUACAGAUGUCUUACAAAAAAAAUAAAUACUGUUUUUAACCAAUUUGAUUUAUUAGAGUCUUGUGAUUCUGUGUGACUCCAAAUAGUUUUAUUGCAAUGAUUAGGUCCAUUGGCACAACAUUUCUAACAUUUUGUACAUUCUUUUAGUGAGCUCAAGUGUUAGGCCAUAUUUACUUUCAGAAUUGACUUCGCUGUUGACUGUCUUAGUAUACAUGCAUGCAGCAUGCUGUUCUGAUCAGAUGCAAUGGUGAAUUUCCUUUCAAGGCCUCUCUUCCACUGUGUAUUGUUCAAUAUAGUAAGUACCGAUGGGACUGCAAUUAACCCAUAGUAGAAGGCACUGCUAAAGAAAAACACCUUUCUGGUGUUUGCUUUUAAUAUUUUGCAUUUCAAAAGACAGUGCUCACUCUGAGGUAGAGCUUUAAUACUACGCCAAUUUUGUGUAUGUGUGCAUUUGGCAAAUAGUUUGGGGCAGAAGAUGAAUAGGGAUAGAAGAUCCACAUUUUCCCUGUGAUUACAUUUGGUUUGACUUCUGGGUGGACAUUUUCCUCAUUCCAAGCCCUUUAAGAGAACUGUAGCAUUUCUCCCUCGCUCCUGCCCUCCUCCUCCUGUGGCAGCAUGGAAGUGGAGGAGGGAGAGGGGGGAAAUGCGAAAGUUUAUUUUGGGGGGAAGUGGAUGGGAAAUACACACACACACACACACACACACUCUCACACUCUUAUAGUCCUGUUACAGUCUGUUACUUUGUUUUUCAGUCUAUGCAAGAUGUUUCCUCUAAUUUGCCAUGUUGUAAUCUUGAUGCUCACAGCAUUUUAAGUCAGGGUUACAGAUUGGUAAAUUAGAGCAUCCGUAACCAAUGGUGACUUGGGGCCAAAUUAAGUAGACUUGCCUCUCGGAAGCCAGGUUGCUGUCAAUCAGCAAAGGGGCUGUAGGAUUUGAAACAGAGAAAUGGAUGGCAGGAGGAAUGUACUAAAGCUUCACCCUUCCGUUCCCUGCUGCUUUUCCCUUAAGAGACAGCACUCAUAUCCGUUGCAGCAAAAAGGCUGUCUGGAACCCCCGCUGGGAAAGGGGGCUGUAGGGGAAGCAUCAGGUGCAGGAGGGGUUAAGCACUGUGCCCUCUUUGACCAUUUUACACCUCUUUGGUAGUCUGGCUUUGCUUUCAAAGAUCUUCUUCAACCCUGCUGCAUUUAUCUAUCUAUUGAUAUGUGAGAUUGCGUAAUUGUUACGGCAAUUGUGAUCAUUUUAGGGGAUUAGAGAUGAAUCAGUGAAAUGAAAUUUUUUUGGUUCAUGGUUUUAUUGUUUAUUGUUAACAUUAUACUUAAUAAUGAUAGUAUGGGCUUUUUGUCUGAAAGUGAUCAUACUUUUUUUCUAGUGAUGUUGGGAAAAUAUAUUUAAAUAACGCUUGUUUCCUUGAAUCUGCGUGCAACUAAAAACAGGUGGAUUUAAAUGAAGAAGAAACUAUUCUGAUUAUCCGUCGUUUGCACAAAGUGUUGCGUCCCUUCCUGCUAAGAAGGUUAAAGAAGGAGGUAGAAGCACAGCUGCCUGAAAAGGUAACACUUAAAAAGCAGGCAAUAGUCCAGCUCUUAGUAGAAUCUUUCAUGUCAUGUUGUCCAUAUGCAAGUUCUUCUGGGUGGCAUCAUUCCUAGUUCACUUGUUUUGAAGGGGCUGCUGGAGAUUCUGUUUUAUCAAGGGAAGUCUGUAGAGAGGCUUGGGACAUGGGAGGCGUGAUGGUUCAGUUGUAGAGUGGCAGUUCAGCACCAAACUAAAAUGGUUCUUUGGUACCUGAGAUGGGAAAGACCUAGAGCUGGAAACUUGGAGAGCCACUAGCAGAAUGUACAGUACAAGACUAGACAAACAAAUGGCUUGUCUCAGAAUAAAGCUUGGUAUGUAUCAAUGGACCAUUCACAUAAUUUCAAAGAAGGCUGGGGUACUGCUACUAAAGACAUCUUUCAUUACGUCAGGCUUAAGAUGCUCCUCUGUGUGCUUUUAACUUGUUGCGGCUUUUUUGCUGACUAUUGUCUAGAAUUUAGGAUUGUGAUGCUCCAUCCCCAACACAGAGCCUGGAAUCUGUUGUAAUAUUUAACUUUGAGAGAAUAUUUCUGACUUGCAUUCCGUUUCUAGCUCUUGUGGUUGCAGAGAAAAAUCUGAGCACUGCAGUUUGUGGGAGGAAAGGUGCUUUUGGUGCAGCUGUCUUAAUUCUGUAGGGCUUGAAAAUAAAGAUGGUAAAAAAUAAGUGUGGAACUAACAGUUCUGGCAGUAUUUUGUCCUUCACUCUCAGUGCACACACCGAUCCCAGUUCAUUAUUAUUCCUAUUUAUUACCGGUAAAUUUGUAUACCACCAUCCAAAUAUCACAGGGCAGUUCACAACAUAAAAAUACAAAAUGAAAACAAACUGCAUAAUAAAUCAAAACCAAUAACCCCCUUCCCACAAACACAUAUUAAAAGCUAUAGAAUUUACUUGGUUGGUGUAUUCUGUGAUCUGCAUCCUAGACAUGGGGUGUAGAACUCAGAGGUUGAUAGAAUAAGAGCUUUCUGAUUCAAUUAAUGGUAUUUGAUCUCUCCCAGGGCAUGGUUGGAUCCUACUCCAGUGAGCUGCACUGACUACUACCUCUUCCCUUUCAGAAUGAGAUCACAAACGGGGCAUGUCCUGAGUCUUUUUGAUUCAAUCUUUCCUUAUACCUUUGCUAACAGCUGCUUCCUGGGCAUCUGACCCAGGAGAGAUCCCAUGAGGUCCAGUUGACUAUUAGAUAUCAGAAAGAUCUGCUGUAAUGAGUUUUACAAACAACAACCACCACCAUCCUAAAGUUAAUGACUUAAGGCAAAUUUAUCCAUAGAGGAAUCCCAAACAAAUGUUGUUUGGCAGAAGUUGACCUAACUGCCUUCAUCUCAGCAUCACUGUAACUUAUCACCAUUGUCAGUGUCAUCACAGAUCCCUAUACUGUGUGUAGGGUAGAUGAGAUCCUUUCAUGCAGAUGAGAUCCUCACAUCUGCAUGCAAUGCCAAAUUUUGCCCUCCAGGAGAGCUCUCUUCUGACAGAUCUGCUUUCUACAUCAAUAUCAGCUUCCAGUGCAGUCGGAGGAGUCAUCAGUCAGGAAGUUUGGGGCCCUUUCAUAACUUCUGUAAUUCUUGCUAAACAACUAAGAGAUUCACCACCACCAAUGGUGUUUCCAGCUCAAAGGUCUUCAUAUUUCCAUGUUGGGAUUGUAUAGGGCUUGGCUCUUUCUCACCUUUCUGCAACACAAGCCCUCCUUAUAAAACAGACAUGGCCAUGGAGAACUUAUAUUUUGUUUAUUUGGUCUCAUAGAAUCUUUGGACAUACUUGGUGGGUUAUGACCACAGAGAUUACAAAACCCAACUGUUCAGCCACCACAAUUGCACUACCUGAAAACUGAGUCUCCAAUGCAAACAGAUGCAUGCCUUAACACAACCUGUUAAGAAAUCAAUCUGACUAUAAACACUAUUCUGAAGGGGAAAUGGUGGUACUCAAAUCUGCCCCAGCUCUGUUUGGUUGUCUGCUAUGUCCUAGGAUUUGCCCAUCAGCUCUCUUACUAGCUCUUUUCUGUGAAAGGGUGCUCCAGAAAUACAUUAAUAUUAAUAUAUUUUAAAAAAUCUUUUUUUAUAUACUAGGGGUUGUACCCCUACUUACAUUGCUCGCCAACUCCCUCCCGUUGCACCCAGGCAAACCCCACCCUCCCUUUAUGCCUGUUCAACCUCCCUUUAUACCUCACUCCCCUAAAUCCUUCCUUUACUCUUUAACCCCUCAAAAAUCCCCCUCCUCCCUUUAUACCCCCAAACUCUCCUGCUUCAUGAAGCCCCACUUCGCUGUACAACGUGCCUCCCAAAAUCCUUCCUCCUGCAGCUCAUCCCAAAAAACAACUUCCCCUCACAGCUUGCCAGAACCACCACUCCCUUUACAUGUCGCCAAACCCCCAUCCCUUUUGUCCCUGUCCCUCACUGCUGCUGCUGUGUGAAGCUGUGGGGGGAAGGAGAGAGAGAAAAAAUGCAUUUUGAAAUUCAAGCUUCCUUCUCUCUUUUUACAGGAGAGAAGAAAGCUUCUUAUUUCCCUUUGUUUCCCAGUCUAAUGCUGCAGACCAAUUAGAGAGAAGAAUGUGCAUUUUAAAAUGGGGCAGGAAUGAAGGGAAAAACCUUUCUCUGCUUUGUUCCCCUCCCACCCCCACCAGUAGCAAUGAGGAGCUCAAGAAACAAGCUGGGCCUGCUCCAAACCUUUCCACCCCACCCCCUGCCUCAAGUGUCCCCCAUCCUAAAUUUGUGCACCUGGUUAUUCCUGUCUAAGUGCAGAACCUUUCAUUUGUCCCUGUUAAAAAGCAUUUUGUUGGGUUGGGCCCAGUUUUUCCAUCUGUGAAGGCCAUCUUGCAUCCUGAUUCUGUUUUCUGAAAUAUGAGAUACCCCUCCCAGUUUGUUAUCGUCUGCAGAUUUGAUUAGCAUCCCCUCUAUUCCUCAUCCAAGGACAGAACCCUGUGGCACCCCUCCUGUUACUUUUUUCCAGGAUGACGAGGAACCAUUUGUGGGGACUCUUUGAAAAGCCUUAUACCAAGUCAGAGACCAUUGGUCCAUCUAUCUCAGUACUGUAUACACUGACUAGCACAGGCUCUCCAAGGUUUCAGACAGAGCGACUUUUCCAGCCCUACCUAAAGGUACCAGGGAUUGAUUGAACUUAGAACCUUCUCCCCAACUGCCCCCCAAAUACUGCUACUCAAAGAUUUCUACAAGUCUGAAGACUAUGAAAGCAGUGAAAUCUCCCAAACUCAGGAAGUGCCAGGUUAUUUGGAUCCAUGCUUUGUGAACGCAGUUUCAUGAAUUAAUAUCUCUUCUCUCUGUUCACAACAGGUAGAAUAUGUGAUUAAGUGUGAUAUGUCUGCAUUACAAAGGGUACUUUAUAGACACAUGCAAGCCAAGGGAGUGCUGCUUACGGAUGGAUCAGAGAAGGACAAAAAGGUUUGGACUUUUUCUCUCUUUUCUCAACCUUUUUCUCUAAUGUGCAGUAAGGACGGGCAUCUUAUUGCCAGGUCUAGUCAAUUAGUGUUUUUAUUCUUUUCAUGCAAGGAUUGUUGUGAUGAUAGACAAUGUUUUUUCAGAGGGGAAGGCAGCCAUUUUACUAAAGAAUUUGGGUUUGGGCUCUUGAGGGCCUUCAGAUUAAUGAAGAAACAUCAGGUCUCUUUACACAAGCCACUGAAUGAACAAUAAAUGGUAUCUGACCAUAACACUGUUUUGAAACGUAAUUUUAAAAGUUCUUAUUAGUUCCAAAAUUUGUAGCAAUAUCAGGGUGAGAAGCUAACCUGCAGUGGUGCUCAUUUUUUAAAACGUGAUGUUGCAACAUGGUUGCUUGAAUAAUUUUUGUGAAGAGGUGCACCUUCAUGAAAUUAUGUACUUAGCUUAUCUGGUUGCACUUCUCAAGCAAAAAAGCCAAAACAAAGCACAUAAUUCAUGAAAUAAGGCAAAAGAAGGUCUCUGCCAUGGUUUAUGUACUGUCCAACAUUUGUUCUAUUGUUUAAUCCCUAGAUAGAAAAUGAUAGAUUUAUUAGGAAUCACAGUGAUGAAAUAUGCCAUAAAUAGUUUAACACCCCCCCCCAAAAAAAUAGGUUUUGCACACAUUGGUAUCAAUAAUUGUAGUUCACUUAGGGAGAAAUGUUUGAGUAGUGCUGUCUUAUUUUUCCAGGGCAAAGGUGGUACAAAAACGCUCAUGAACACUAUUAUGCAGCUGAGGAAGAUUUGCAACCAUCCCUACAUGUUUCAGCAUAUAGAGGUAAAGAAGUGUUUUUGGUGUUGACAUUUUCAGCCUGCUCAAUGAGGGCAACUAGCAAUGAAGGGCCAAAAGUAUUGCUGGAAUACUUGUUCUUUAGCAGAAAUGAGGAACUGCAGCCCCCCCCAUGGUGUUGAACUACAACUCCCAUCAGCCCCACCCAAAAUGGCCAAUGGUUUGGGAUGUUGGCUGUAGUCAAACAUCAUCUAGAAGACCACAGGUUCUCCUUCCUGUCCUACAAAGUAGUUUGGGCAUGGGAAGUCUCGUAAACGUUAGAUUGACCCACCAUUUCUAUUCAGUUCUGUCCCGCUCCCCCAACUUCUUCUACCUUCUGGAACCUCCUCAAUGCUGGGUCUUUGCUGUGCAGCUACAUGGAGAAUCUGACAUGCAGUUGCAUGUUUCUUGCUGCUGUGACUUCCUGUGAGAAUAUUAAAUAUAGUUUCGGUAAGAAUGCAGCUCCUUCUCCUUCUUCACACUAAUGUACCCACUACCCUGGUUUACCCCACAAUUUGAAGAUCCAAAAGUUAACUGUUUAGGCUCUUUUUAAGUUCUUAUUCAUGGAGGGAGAGGGUUAUCAAAAGCUGGCCAUGAUGGCUACACUGCCUCCACAGUUGGUGGCAAUAAUGCUUCUGAUUACCAGCUGCUGGAAACCACAGGGGGGACAGAGUGUUUUUGUGCUUGGAUCCUGCUUGCGGGUUUCCCACAGGCAUCUGGUUGGCCACUGUGAGAACAGGAUGCUGGAAUGGAUGGACCAUUGGCCUGGUCCAGUAGGCUCUUAAUGUGGUUGUAUAUAUGCAAUACUUUGACAACAUCAGCCUUUACCAACCUGGUGCCUUUCAUGUGUUUAGGACUGUUAACUCCCAUUGACUGCAGUCAGCAAAGCCAUCGUAGUUCUAGUUCAAAGGAUAUGGAGGGCACCCGAUUGGCAAAGCCUGGACUUAAUGUUGGAAUCUAUAUGGAAAGCUUACAAAUGUGGAAUCCAGUGAUGUUUGUCUCUUGUUCUUCUGUAGAUAUUUAUGCCUCGUUGAAAAAGAUUUCAAACCCAACUGAAGCAUCAAUUUAUUUGUAGGGUGCUUAGAUUUUAAAAUUGUCAUAAUAAUGAUUAUGAUAGCUGAAAAGUUAAUUAUUGUUUACCAUUAUCUCUUUGCACGUUACUAAAGCAUGUGGACCAUUAUCUCUUAGAGGAAACCGUCUCUGGAAUAUCGUUCGGCCUGUUCUGUUCAUGAUUAGACUGGCUUUCUUAUGUUUUGUUGUAGGAAUCCUUUUCUGAGCACUUGGGCUUCACUGGAGGCAUUGUGCAAGGGUAAGUUGGCCACCACAAAGAAUUUUAGGAAGUGCAUGUUUUUCCUGGGUAAUCUCUGAAACCAAAUGCUAAAGAGGAGGAGAUUUUUAUGCCCUUCUUGUGAGCUUCCAGAGACAUUUGACAGGCUGCUUCUGAGUUAUUGUGGGAUCACUCACUGCUUUCUCUUCAGUAAAAGGAUUUUGGUUAGGCUCAAAGUGCCCUCAGAACCCCAAAACCCUCUAUUGUUCAUUGAGUGAGUCCUUUAUUUCUCCAGGAGAAAGACCAGGCCUCUUCUCAUCAUUAGGCACCAACACUUGCCAAGUGUUUUGUUAGCCCGCUUACAGAAGCCCUCACAAUUCUGUUCCUAGUGUUCACGUUCCUCCUUUUAACCGUUAAGUAAAUUUCCCACUUGUCUUGUAGUUCCAUCUUCCGUGUUGGUUUGUGGUUCUGGUAUGUUCUAGAAUCCUUCUGUCUUUAGCUUUCAAGGUUGGUUGCUCUCAGUCACGUAUCAAUCAUGUAUUACCCCCCGGCUGUACUUUGAGGUAUCCUGAGAGCACCUGGGGACCCCACAGCUAGAAGACUAGUUAUGAUUAACAUUUCCCCCUGAAAAACACUAAUGUCGGCCUUUCCCUGAAACCUGAAGCUGUAUAGAAGUAUUAAUUAUGUUCUAGAGCCCUCUUAUUGAAAGGGCUGGUGCCGUGUUGUUUUUUGUUGUGAUUAUUGGCACGGUUUUAAUAGAUUUUAUAUUUGUACAUAAUUUUAAUUCUAUCAAUGUUUAUUUGUUUUUUUCAUUAUUGUCCCCUCCCCCUGUGUUUUUAGCAGUUCUUAUUUUUAUCUGUAAGCCUCCUUGAGUCCCUCAGGAGAAAAGACAGAGUGUAAAUAAAUAAAUAAAUAAAUAAAUGAUUGAUUGAUUGAUUGAGCCACACUGUCAGUUCACACAGUUAAAAAGGAGAUCCAGUAGGGCCAGGCUUUGUGUAAAAUUGCUGUGCUUCCUGAAGAAUUCCCAGUAUCCACUGAACAUACAAGACUUCCACCGCAAACACACAAGCAUUGCUUGGCAGAUAAAUUGAUGUGAAAGCAGGUCCCCAAAGGCAGAAUGUUAAAAGCCGCUAUACCAGAAGAAAACAGUUUCUUUGUUUCUCCUCCUCAUGUUCUGAACCAGGCUUGACCUGUACCGCGCUUCAGGGAAGUUUGAGCUCCUAGAUCGGAUUCUUCCCAAGUUACGAGCUACCAACCACAAGGUGCUGCUUUUUUGUCAGAUGACCUCCCUCAUGACCAUAAUGGAAGAUUAUUUUGCUUACCGUGGCUUCAAAUACCUCAGGCUAGAUGGUGAGUUUUGCAUUAGGGCCUGUAAUGUUGUAGGAAGACCUGGUUUUGGCACGCAAUUAAUUACCUUUCUUCAUGUAGUCUCUGUAUGUCUUUAGUCAGGCUGUGUGUGUGGAGCAUUGUAAGAAAGUGAAACGCACCAACUUCAGUGUGAUCCUGUAUGGCCCAUGGUGUAGCAUGUGGAGCCAUCGCGUAGGAAUUUGAGCUCUUCCCUCCCCCACUGGGCUCACUUCAUGCUAAGCUUAGUGUUCUGGCUGCACCAUUUCCAAUUCUUUCUCUCUGCUACAAACAUUCACAAGUUGAUUUCUCUUUCAAAUUUCAGAAUGGCAACCCGACACUGUCAAGUGGGCUGAUUCCUUUACUUAAGUUACAGUGACCUGCCCUGGUUCUCCCUCCCCUCCAUCCUGCAAGUCGUAGUCUUUCCCAACGACGCCCCUUGCAGGUGGUUCUCUCUUGAAAUGAUGAGUCCUUUUUUUAAUAAUAAUCCCAAAAUACCAUUCGUUUAAACAUUCGGGCUGAUAUGUUCCUCUAUCACAAGAGGAUUUGAGCACAUUCCCUCUGUAUUUAUUCCUCUUUGGUUAUGCCAGUCUUUUAUUAUUUCAGUUUUCAUGUUUCCUCUUUUUUUCCCUUCAACUGGUUCCUUAAUUAGUGGCAAUGACCCUGUUCACACAUUUUUCCCAUUUUAAGGAUGGUUUGUGAGGUAAGAUCAAGAGCAGGUCUUGAACUCAUUCCCCCUCAACACGUGAUGCUUCACUUUGCAUGGGAAUGAGGCCUUUAUGGUGUGUUCCCAAGUGAAUGCCAUAAAGUUUGAAGUACAGUGGUACCUCGGGUUACAGACGCUUCAGGUUACAGACUCCGCUAACCCAGAAAUAGUACCUCAGAACUUUGAACCUCAGAACUUAAGAACUUUGCUUCAGGAUGAAAACAGAAAUCGCGCAGCAGCAGCGCGGUGGCAGUGGGAGACCCCAUUAGCUAAAGUGGUGCUUCAGGUUAAGAACAGUUUCAGGUUAAGAACGGACCUCCGGAACGAAUUAAGUUCUUAACCCGAGGUACCACUGUAUUUACAUUCUGACAGGGGACUGUCCAAUAGCAUCAUGUGCUGCACAUGUGACCCCCAACACUGGUCAAAAAUGGGGGUCUGCUUGUAUUGUGCUAGUAACAGAGAAGGCUAAGUGUAGCCAGAGUUGAUGGCCUACACUGGGCAAAACAGAAGCCUGUUUAUGUCAUCAGCGUAGGCCCUGCAUGGUUGCUACUUCAGCAAACCACAGAGGCCUGGCAGAUCAUGUACCCUACCUCCCAUGUCACCAGCAAUGCUGACCUAGGAACUCGCUACAUGAUCCACCUGCACUGUGUGAUUGUAGGCCAGUAAAUAUUGCUAGUUGAGUCUGGGGGUCCCAACCAUGUAGAAACAGCAGCCGCAACUCUUUUAUAAAUUGGCCUUAAUUAACAUAGCCUGCCUCAAUGGUUUCCUUGGUGAAUGAUAGUGGACAAAAGCAGGAUGGUGCCUUUUUACUGCAGGUACUGGUGUGCAGCUGAGUAUUCAUUUCUAUCUUAUUCCCCUCUUAUCCCCAGUUUGGAGUACAGAAGUAGGAAGAGGCAGGAUUGGGAGAAAGCACCAGUACCAACUUCCCUGUCCUCUCUUUUCCCCUUCCCCCUCUCCACCCCACCCCAAGACAGUAUCUGCUAAUCCAAACCACCUGAUUGUUCUCUGAUUGUAAGUUGUCUUUUGUAAUACCAUUAGGAACUUAAACAGUUAAAUUGAUAUGCAAGCUCUCCAGACAUUUUGGAAUGUGGGUGUAUAUCUCAACUUGGUUGGUUCCCAGUAUAAAAAAUACUUCCCCUCUGUGGACCAGUGCUAUGCUUACCCAGAUUUCUGGGGUUCUUAAAGAUGACAGGCUUUCUACUCAAACCAAAAUUUGUAGCAGUGGGGGGAAAACCACUCUUGUCUCUCUACUUUUAAAGGAACCACUAAAGCGGAAGACCGUGGCAUGCUGCUGAAAACGUUCAAUGAGCCGGGCUCUGAAUAUUUUAUUUUUUUGCUGAGUACCCGAGCAGGAGGCCUGGGGCUAAACCUACAGUCUGCUGACACUGUGAUCAUUUUUGACAGUGAUUGGAAUCCCCACCAGGUAAUAAUAAAAUGUAUUUGUGGGCUUCAGAAAUGAAGUUUUUUGAAACUGAAUACUAGUAUGGGAGUGGGGUGGAGUGAGGUUGGUAAUGAUAAAUUUGUAGUAUGCCUGUCUUAUCUGUUGAGCUGAUACAAAAGAAGCAGAGCUUUUAUGUGUCUUGCUGUACUUUGGUCAACAGUAAAUGCACAUCUAUUUGAUUACAGAAGUUCUGGAUUUUCAACAGAAUCUUGAAUGUUAGCGCUUCUCUAUAGUAAAAACUGAGGCUCCUUUGAAUAUGGGGGGGUGCUUUGUGCCAAACAUGAUGGGAAUCUUGGGAUAGAAAUCUUCCUAUCACCUCCUAAAGCAAUCUGGCCUACACUGAACACACUAUGUCAUGGAUGUCUUUGGGAAGCUCCUCACAUAACUGAUUAACAAUGUUUCUUGUAUUCCAUGCUUCUUCCUAAAGGAAGCCCAGGGCAGCUAACUUAAUGUAAUACAGAAAAAUACAUAAAACCAUUCAGCAUUUAAAAUAUCAGUUAAAAUAUAUUUAAAAUGGCAUGCUAAUACUUUCAGCCCAAAGACCUCACAAUUAUGCCCCAAAGUCCUAGACAAAAGUUUUAACAUUCUGCUUGAAUGUAGCAAAUCUAGCAGACUACCUGAUUUCAGCAUAAACAGACUUCCUUAAACGGGGCACUUUUGCUGAAAACACGCUGUCCCAAAUCACCUUGCCACCCCUGCUGAUGGGACCACAAACAGGACCUCUCUCACCGAUCAUUAGUUUUGGGUCAGAAUCUAUGGGGAAGGCACUCCUUCAGGUACUCAGGUCCCAAGUUACGGCUCUGUAAACCAAGAUUUAUGUAAAAAGUUUCUAUAUUACCCUUUGCCAGAGUUUCCAAGACAUACACACACACAAAUAUAUAAAUAAAAUCAGCUAUUCCGAUAACCCUGGUGAAUGGGCCACAGAAUAGAACACUGGUCUUCAGUGGAAGGGUCAGGACACACUACUGGUUCACAGGCUGACCUAAGGUAAGUCACAGCAGCUUCACUACUACUAUGCAAAUGUAUGGUGGUAAAUUAAGAAGUGGGUUCUGAACAACACUGUUCUCACGUAGGUGCAACUUAAUCCAUUGGAGUAUUGUGGGUUGAAUCUCUCUAAAGUGCUGUGCAUCAAAGCACAUGAAGGUGAUAGCUGAAUUUUAACUACUCUCUGAACAGUGAGAGCUUUCUUCUUCUCUCCCUUUCUUAGGACCUGCAGGCCCAAGACCGAGCACAUCGCAUCGGGCAGCAGAAUGAAGUCCGUGUGCUGCGCCUUUGCACCGUGAACAGCGUGGAAGAGAAGAUCCUUGCUGCAGCCAAGUACAAGCUGAAUGUAGAUCAAAAGGUUAUCCAGGCUGGCAUGUUUGACCAGAAAUCUUCCAGCCAUGAAAGGAGAGCUUUUCUCCAGGCUAUCUUGGAGCAUGAGGAGCAGGAUGAGGUAAGGGAGCAGUGGGGUGGUUUUUUUGCUUUCUCCUCCUCCAGCGUAUGAGUGGUGAAUGCAUUGCCUAGCUUUGUGCUUUGUAUGACGCUGACGCAAGGGACUGUGGGCUGGAAGGAAAUGGCAUGAACCCUUGUCAUGCUAGAAAGUGAAUUUGAGUGUCAAUGAAAGGGGCUGGCUUGACAGCCCUGGAGACUGAAGUCCUCUAUCUAUCCACAGACCAGAUACAGCACGGGCAGCGGCAGUGGCAGCGCAAGCUUUCCCCACACUGCCUCAACCCUGUGCCUCAACUCCGACUUGGAGGAACCACCUUUAAAGGUGAGAGGGGUCAUUCAGUCGCCGCGCCUGUCCAGUCCUUCGCCUCACUGUGUUUUAAGACUGUCAGCAAAGUUGCCAACUCGGGUGGCGAACUUCCCUGUCCACUGAGACUACCCAGCUCGUUUUUACAUGAGUAGCCAAAUCAAAUGUGAAAUAGUAAAAACACAUUCAAUGUACAGUUUUGAGCAGUGAGUUGCCAGAUGGUGCAUCUCCAUACGAGUUAAACGGGGCUCUUUUGAAAUCUUUCAGGAGGAAGAUGAAGUUCCUGAUGAUGAGACAGUUAACCAGAUGAUUGCCCGGCAUGAGGAGGAGUUUGACCUUUUUAUGGUGAGAGUGACUGCCUUGCUUCUUGCAUUUCAAACAGGUCAGCCUUAUCUUCCUGAAUUCAGUCUAGUAUUAAGGUAUACUGGAGGGGUGUUAAGUAGUGUUAACUAAAAACAUCAGUCUGGGUCUAGAAAUCAAGAGUCCUUCCAAUAAAGAGAAGUUUUUUUGGGGGGGGGGAAGAGAGAAAAUACAAGGUUUCUGCAAAUUCUGCCCUUGCAAACCCUUUGAGUUCAUUCAAUUAACUGAUUAUACUUGCUUUAAAAAAUCCCAGUGGCAGUGAAAGCAGGACAAGCACCAUGGGUUCUUGUACAAAAAAACAUAAACGUGAGGAAGUACUUGUGUUCUGGUUGACUAGGGUGGCUAUUAGUCCGAGUCUCACAUUAUGGCAGCAGUAGUGGAGAGAAUGAAUAGAUAGCAGAGAGUGCCAUCUUAUUCUUUGUGAAUAAGCUGUUACCCAGUUCUAAGGCUCAGGGUAGGUGACAUACUGCAGCUGUUGGGUUGGAUCCUAUGCCCUUGGGAUGCUGCUGUCCUUCUGUUUCCUCCAAUAAUCACGAGCCCCUCACUUUAGGGCCUUGAGAAAAAGGCAGAAGGGGGUGGGGAGGAGAAUCCUCCUACCCCUCAGCCUGUGAACACCUAUGUUUACACUAGCUACAGGUUGCUAGAGGAGGGGAGAAGGUGACAGGUGAAGUUCUGGAUUUUCAACAGAAAGGAGGGAAGUGGCAGCUGAAUCUGGCUUCUUUCAAAGAAAAUGAUUGCAUUGUUUCCUUCUGCUCUGAUAUGGUGUCUAGGGACAAGAGUUCUAACAGGUAGAACUCAAUCCAUGCUUUUCCAUAGAAACAUACACUUUUCAGGUGUACACCCCUUUUGGAGCAUACUUGAAAUGGCUUCCUCAUCUUUCAGCAGGCUAUCACGCAUCCAUGCUGACCUCCAAAGCCUGUUAAAUUGAAAAUAAGCCCAAUUAUAAAAUUAUUGAGAUUUAUGUCAAGCAUAUUGCAGCCCAACCUUCAUCCACUAGGCAAAGGGUGGCUAACCUGUGGCACUCCAGGUAUGGCCGUACUCCAGCUCCCAUCAGCCGAAUAAACUUGGGAGUCCUACAACAUUUGGACGUUGUCUCAUGGACAGGGCAUUCCUGGGUUUUAUUUUAAUGAGAGAGGCAAUAUAUAAAUAUUUUAAAUAAACUAACGUUGUUAGGCUCUGUCUUCUUUUGAUGGCAAGUCUCACCCUACUCUAGGGACAUGAUGCCUGCUGGUGUUUCCCCACUAUCUCUCAGCAGAAACAACUAUGAUUGUGGCAUGAAUUAGUGUAAUUUUUAUCCUUUGUUUUCUGUAUAACCCCUAGUCUGCCCAGUAUGUUGCUAACACAGGCUUAGUUUCCCAUUGAUGACCUUCUUCUGCUUGAUGACUCUCUAAGAGCAGCUGCCCUGGGUCCAAGUAGAAUAUAUAACCAGUAUGGCCUUAGAAUAUAUAACUAGUACAGCCAACAUACUCUUUGGAGCCUUCACCUCAGGCUAUUUUCCUUACAGCGCAUGGACUUGGAUCGCAGGCGAGAAGAAGCCCGCAAUCCAAAGAGAAAGCCACGUCUAAUGGAAGAGGAUGAAUUGCCCUCUUGGAUCAUUAAAGAUGAUGCUGAAGUAGAGAGGCUAACCUGCGAGGAAGAGGAAGAAAAGAUGUUUGGGCGAGGUUCUCGGCACCGUAAGGAAGUGGACUAUAGUGACUCGCUGACUGAGAAGCAGUGGCUCAAGGUAUACAUGGUACAGCAUCGUUCUCCAAUGAUUUUCUAAAUUUUUAUUUCUACUUGUGUCUGUGUUGUCUGUCUGUGUGUCAGUAAGUUGAGGAAAAUACCCAGUCUCAGAAGUUUUGAUGGUCAGCUAAGAUUGUGCUAGCAAGCACCGAGUUUGGCAACAAUACUUGUUCGACACGAUUAUCAGAAAUACUAUGAUGUUGUUAAAUUGAUAACCUAAAUGUUGGCAUUUGUAAAGUCUAGGAGCUUUCUUGAAAUACACAUCAACUUCACCUUGCAAAACUUCUGUUGGGUAUUAGGAACUCAGCUGUGUGGAAACCAUGUUGCCAAAUUUAAAUUCAACUGAUCUCCUUGACAGAUUGCAAACAUUUCAGAUGCAGUAGGCCUGCUUGCUAUGCAGCUGAGUGUAUGCUCUUGCCUGUCUGGCCCAGCAAAUAUUUCAUCCUACUUGUUGCUAGGCAGUGAUCCAGAGACUGGGGGCUCUUUGGCCUGCAAGAGGCAGACUUUGGGGCAGCACGGGGAGGGAAUAGGAAGCUGGUCCUAAGCUGCAGUAGCCAUCCCGAAGCACUGUUCCUCCUCCGAGAUUGUGCAAGAGAAAGAAAGUGCAGGUUGGUUAACUUUGUUCUGCUGCCGAUCAAGCUAAGGUGGUUUUUCUUUGUGGAACAUCCCAGGUGCUGAGUUAGGCUCUUAUGAGUUGAAGGAAUCAAGCCCAAGAGUUAAUCAGCAAAGGAGGAAGAGUUGUUCGGCUUUGUUCAGCCUUCCCAAAGGACGAGAAAUUCAGUGUGCAAGUCAGGAGCCAGAGAAUCUUGCUAUGAAAUUCAGUUAUGAGUUCCUCCUUCCAACCUGCUCCCUUAAGGGCAUGUUGGCGAAGCCAGGUUCUCCAGCUGAAUAGUGAGGCCUCCUCCCACAAGUUAUGCUGUCCUGUUUGUCCAAGGCAGGGCCAUGUGACUAAUACGGUGAACCCCCGUUUCAAGGCAUUUCUUACAGCUUCGUAGAGUGAACCAAACAAGGUGUCCUGUCCAGACUAAACACUAGACAAGGAUCUGUCCACUGCGCUCUGAGUCUCGGUUGUUCUUGUUGCCUAAAAUACUUGAAGCUUUGACAUUUCUUACCAUAGACUUCUGCUUGCUACCUGAGGGGAACACCCAGGCCUAUGGACCAACUGCACAGAAAGUGAGUCUGGCCUUAAGAAGAUCCAUAGAGCACAUGACUGAAGUCAUUAAGGUGGUCUCUGCCACAACUUAUCCUGUUAGAGGCAUUCUAGCCUGCCUUAAGGCCCUGAAGGAGGAGUUGUCAGAAAAAUUAAAAAGCUGCAACUUCUCUUGCAAAUAUUCUUGUACCUCAUACAUGCUAUUGUUGCAAGUGCUGACAUUUUUUUGAGAGAACUUAUUCCUCCUUUUCCUGUUUCUGGAAACGUGCAAAGACCAUCCUGGAACUGUUAAGGGGAAACAGUUUUGCCAAAGAAGGUGGCUCAAGAUGCUGUCGCGUCCACUAGCUGGUCUCUGCAGACCUUGACAUGUGUCUGCAUCUUUGUGCUGUUUCAUCUAUCCCUUUGGAGAGGAGCAAUGCUAUAAAAUGUACCAGUGCCUUGCCAUUGGGAAGUUUGGUGCAAGUUAGUUGCAUGUUCUCAUGGGCACAUGCCUGUCUUCCCUGGAACAAAUUCUUUGGGAGAGGGACUGAAAUGUUGAUGUGGCAUGCAUGCCUUGCAUGCGUCAGAUUCAGUCCAUUUCAAGAUCACCAGUGGACCACAAGCUGAGAAAAACAUAUGCUGGAGACACUGGGGAGUAGCUGAUGUUCAGCAGUGUCUCUAGAUGCAGCAUAUUAAUUUCCAAGGGCAGGAGGCCGAAACUCAAAUCGAGAAAAUGCCAUUCCAGCUCUCCAGCUUCUCUGAUGGUAAUGGCAGUGCCAUUAGAGGCUAUCUGCUUAAAAGACUGUGCCUCACAGCAAACCAGAUUUCAGAGAAGUUUAUUUUGCAGAAGAGUCACUGGCAUGGUGACUGUUGGUAUCCCAAUAGUUUCAGAGGAAACACAGGCAUCAUGCAUCAGGAUUCAUGCAGGCAACAACUUCAAACCAGAGAUUGUUCAGGCACUUUCUAGCUUGAGACCAGCAUGGGCCUUUGUCACCAAGUAGAGUAUCCCUUAUUGGGUUUGAAGUGCGUUUGAAACCUUGCUGAGAACAUGAUCAGCACCUUGAUGCUUUGGAGUUGGGCUUUUCUUUGUUGGACUUUACUCUGUUCCGAGUCAUCAUACGCCUUGGCGGGCAAGCAUAAGCCCACCCUCUUUCAUCCCCACCCCCUUCCAGGGCCGAAAAUGGCACAUAUGUCAUUGGUCGCGCAUGCCUUGAACGCAUGCAAAAUGGGAGCUGCCUGUAUUUCAUAUUGGGAGCUCCAGCAUUUAAACCUUCGCAGGUGAAAAAGCUGUGCAUGGCCUUUUACAAUAUACACUGCAUACAUUGAGUUUGAAGGGCUGUGUGCUGUAAAAUAUCUGCUGUUGAAGCUAAAAGUUGAAACGCGUCCUGCAGUUUUCUGUGAAUCAAGUGGACAUCUAAUAGUCAAACUUGGGUUCUUCAGUCUGCAAAACCUUUGCUUCAGCAAUUCUUACAGGGUCAAGCUGCUUUUUACAACCAAACGUGGAGCACUUUGCUGUGGAUAUUGCUGCUUUUAAAGAAAAAGAAAUCACUUUAAACUUGUCUAUAUGAUCAGAUCAAUAUUUGGUGGGCACUGAAGCAAAACUAUUGCCUAUAACUGGUUUGUGUUUUGCUUGUGCAGACCCAGAGUAACCUGGUGGAGCAAGAUAUUUAUUUCUGAGUGCUGUAUGCAUUUUGAUAAGAUCUAUCAGUAUGAAGAGAGACAUUUCUAAGCCUAUCUUUCUACCAAGGGGUAUCCAAACCUUGUUUAUAAAUGUAAUAAUUAGAAAAACAGUGCAUGAACCUCAGGGUUCUGAUGCUCUCAUCUACCUCCAGUGAGCAGACCACUGCCCAGCAACAAAUAAAACAGAAAAUGUUGUCUUAGCUGAAAAUUUUCUGUCUGAUUGUUUAUUGGACAGUAAUCCAUAACCUGCAUGUUUCAGUGGUAGUCUGUUGGUUGUUUGAGUUGUUGCUUGUUGUUUGAGUUGUAGAGUGUGGGGUCUUAGGCUAGGAGUGGAUGGUUGUACAGAGGAAGAGGUGGGUGCUCUCUAAGUCCUUCCCAGAGACUUUUUGCUUCAGCAUCUGCUCCAUAUUGGCUGGUCAGAGAGCGUGCCCUGUCUCUGGACUGCUACCUAUCAAACAAGUAGAAACAAAAAAAGGUAAGACCACUUUUUCUGUGUUACACCAUGUUUGAAGGUAGCAGGGAGGAAAAUAUUCUAUUUUAUUUUUGCUUCUGGCCUAAGUACUUCAAAAGUUAGAUGCUUUAUCAAAAGAUAAUGCAGAUCAUUGCCAAUAAGUCAGUCACUAAAUAUCAGAGUGACCUGCCAAGCAAGGUUAUAUGUUCUUCUCCUUUAUUGCAUAUCACCUUAGCUUUUCCCCUGACAGAUUCAUUGAAUUCAUUUUUAUAUUUUAAAAAUUGCAGAAGCGUAGCCAUAUUAGUUCUAAACAGCAAACACACUACCAUGUUUUGCAUUAUGAAUGCCAGGGAUAUCUGAGCUUUCAUCGAGUAAACCAGUUAGUCUCUAAGGGCAACAUCUUUUCUAGAAGAUGUCACAUAGCAAGCACUGGCUGGCUAAAGCAGUGCAAACAAACUGGCAGGUAAUCCUUGCCAGCUUUAUUAAUCCAUUGUAUGUGAUGAUGCUUCAUAUGGAUGGUCCACACAUUUGGUUUCUGGUCCUGAGAAGAAAUGUGAGGGCAAAGCCAUUCACCAGAUAAGUCUCUGUCAGACAGAACCAUGUGGCACUUACUCAACUGCCUCUUUUUACAAAGCAGAUAUUAUUCCUAGCUGGGCCGUCUUCGUGGGCAUGCUUGUCUUCUGCUUCCUUACCCACGAGCUGGAUUCUCCAGGGCAGCAUCUUCCUGCCUUCUGAUAGGAAAGGCAGCAUGUUUGGGAUCUCUCUGUAGCCCCUCUUUUCAAGCCUGGCUUGAGCUGUGCCCACUAGCAAGUAGCUGAGGCAUAACCACCAGGAACUACACUGGUCCUAAUAGGCAGCCCAGCCUUCAGCUGUAAUGCUUUCAUAUUGAAGUUGAAGAUCACAUCUUUUUACCACACAUAAUGAGGGAAACAGGAGACUGAUCUCAUCUUGGCAGUUCCUUGGCACUUAAAGGAAUUGUGGCAGUAUCUGGAGACAACGAGCUUAGUUUUUUAGGUGGAGCAUUUCUUGUAAUCGCAUUUUUUGAACAUCCCACCCUAUCCAAAAGAGCAAGCAGAAGCAAGAAUGUGGAAUGAGUGUACCCCACAGCUGGACAGUGGAUCAUUGGCCAGAGGAUCUGGAAAGGGAUUAACAAUGCUUUAUUUCCUAGGAAAGAUUUUAAAACCUGCUAUAGCUUAGGGCAGUGAGUGGCAAACACAUUAGCCAUACCAGUGAGAGGGAAAUUGCUCAUACGUGCCUUCAAGUGUGAGGCAAGCUGGUUUUUUGUUUUUUAUGUUUUACAUGGACUCCAUUUCAGUUCUGGAUCAAGAAAAAGGAAUGCCUUUAGCUCCCAGAUACGUUUCCAUUGGACUCCACGUUUAAUGUUUCAUACUUGUGCCAUUUAAAAGUGAAUUCUGCCUUCCACUAGAGCCCAAUCGGAAUCUUUGCAGGAAUCUAGCAAGGUCUUCAGCCCAUACUAUGUGUUUUGGUGUUCUCUUUUGAAGAGGCACAGCAGUGUCUCCCAGCUAAUGUUCUGGACAUCCCUUCCUGGUAUGUCCUAAUUGAUCACAAAGCAGAGGCCCCAACAAAAACAUAGAAACUACAUGUAUUCAUAGUUCCUUGAGUGAUUUCACCCCACCCUCCUUCCUCUGGAGGUGUCUUGCUCUGAGUGAGACAGUAAGACCUUCAGACUUUGGAAGGGGAUGAAUAGAAAGCAGCAUUUCUGGUGCCCCUUUUGUUUUGACACCAGUUCUGAGAGAGAUGUGGGCACUCUUCUCCCGUGCAAAUGAGCUUUCCGUGGUGUUUCAUGUGUUGGCCAGUGCUGAGGUAUAGUACCUAGUGUGUGACUAAAGAAGACCGUUCCAAGAAGGCGAGUAAUCUCCAUAUUUGGGGGGAAAGUGAGGUUGAGGUGGGGAAUUUGAAAAUGGCAGAUACAGUGGGUGGUACCCCCCAAAGGCCCAGUUUCUAUAGAAGAAGAGUCAGGGCAAUUUCUUAGGCUCCAGUCUUUUUCUUUACAGUCAUUCAAGAGCCGCCUGCCUCUAUUGCACUUGUUCUCUCUCUGUUCACCAAAUUGACCAGAGUCAAUAUGACACAUGCAGACUCCAGGUCUCAGUUCCUCAGCAGCUGACAAUAGCAUCUACAGCACGUAUUCCACAACUUACUAUUCACCAUAAUUGAAAAGGCAGGUAUUGAGUGUGUGGAAAGGCUUGGAACCAAAAUGGGUGGAAGCCAGGGUGUCAGUGCCAUUUAAACAAAUGGCAACUAGAACCUUGUUGGCAGGCCAUUCUCCUCUUAAAAGUCCUCUACCAGUUUUCAGGUGUUAUGGAUAGUGCCUGAAUUGCAACCUUGAGGUUAAUUUGCUUUGGAUGAGAGCCUCUAGCCAUGUAUGACUAAAGAAAAAGGAAAGAUGGGCCAUUUUUACUUCUGAGUUUUCCUACUUCUGUUAUACAUGGCCUGCAGUUUGCUGGCCUCUAUUCCUCUCCUGUGCAAUCUGAAGCAUUAAUGUGUCUUGUUAACUGGUGGUUAGUAGCCGCGGGUCUCUUUGCAGCUUCGGAAGAAUUUGCAACUGAGCUGGCAGGAAGGGGCAUCCCCACACCCUCCUCUGCACUGUCACAACAGAUUCCUCUGCAGAGUCCCAGCCUGCCGGCCCUGUUUAACAUGAGAAGAAAAGCUCAUAGGUAAGAGAACCAUCUUUCCUUUCCCACCGCUACAGAGUUGCAGCCUUCCAUUAUCCUUUACUGGUUAACCCGGGAAAUAAGUGUCUUUUGGGAAGCGGCCCAUGCAGACAUCCCAUUCCUCACUGUGCUAGAUUGCUUGGAUGUUUGUGUGAAUGUCUGUGUUUGAUCAUUUCACGGUGUGUCGUCUUCAUGCUUGCUGUUCAUUUUACCUGGCUGACUGAGCUGCUCCUGUCCGCAGGCCAUAGAGGAGGGAACGCUGGAGGAGAUAGAAGAGGAGGUGCGCCAGAAGAAAUCUUCCCGCAAGCGCAAGAGGGACGUGGACGUCAGCUCAUCCACGCCAACCACCAGCACUCGCAGCCGGGAUAAAGACGAUGACAGCAAGAAGCAGAAGAAGCGUGGGAGGCCCCCGGCCGAGAAGCUUUCACCAAAUCCACCCAACCUCACCAAGAAAAUGAAGAAGAUAGUUGACGCUGUGAUUAAAUAUAAGGACAGGUAACAGAAGAGCGGGAUGUUUGUUUGUUUGUUUGUUUCUAAGAAGGCAUAGGACAUUCUUCAGUAUUUCUGCUCUCUGGGUAAAAGUUCACUUUCCUAAAUCUCUCCUGGAUAGACUUCCUGCUGCUGCAUUUGGCUUCAAUUCAAGGAAAGAUAUCACGAGUUAAAAGGACACUGUGAAUUAGGCACAUGUCAUUUACAUAAUUUGCAUUUUAUUUUCACCAUCAUGGAGAAUCCAGACUGAAGUUGAUGGAUAGACAUGUUGUUCUUCUGGAUGAAGGCAGUGGGUUGAUUCAGAUAUUGAAAGACGCAAAUGUGGGUUAAUUUGUAGCCGUGCAUAUACAUCAGUAUUAAAAUCAGGAACUAACAAGUAAUCUCAGUAUUACCACUUUUAUCAGUUGCCAUCAUUUCUGACGUUUGUGGUUGAGUGCCAUUGUUUUUGUAUCCAAAAUGGCACCAACCACAAACAAAAUGGGAAGAUACCAGCAUGCUCAGAACUGCAGAAGUACAGAGAACCUUACAGGCGUUAAAAAGGCCAAGCAGACGAAAAACAAAAAAAUCCCACCAGUGAUGAUUGUGCGUGCUGAAGUGGGCAGAGAAUGCUGAUUGCUUGGGGACAGGGAAUGCAAUGGAGUAUCCUGGAAGAAGGCCUGGCUGAUUGGCUGGAACAAUGUUCAUGAGCAUUAGAAACUGCAACGUUUUGUCAUAGGUUCCACUUGUCUACCUUGAUCCUCUUAAAUACACUUGAGCUGGCUAGAUCAAUUACUGAGCGAUUUGAAGGGUGCUGGUGAUCCAGGGGGCCAGGCAAUGAGCUAUCCUUGCAUCAGAUUAUUUUUGCUUAAGUGGAGAGGGAAAUAUUAAGCCUCCAACCUUGGCUCAUAUUGAUCAUGCAACAGGAUGCUCAUUUCCUUCUGGUCUCUUGUGAUCCAUCCUGACAACUUUUAUUCAGGACCUCGAGCCUGAACCACCGACCCUGAUUUUUCCGUAUUUGAAAAGGCUAAACAGAGUUGGUACUUAUCCAGUGAUUGCUGGUGUUCACAUUCCUAAGUCAACAAAGUGAUUAACGUGAGGAUGUGACAUAUUGUGCAAGCCACUGAUGGGUUGCUUUAUACGGAACACUUCACUAUUUGUAAGAAAAGUCAUCUUUGUAUUUUGCUGUUGGUACUUCAUGGCUAUUGAAGACCCGUGGAGACUGUGAGCAGGCCUAUUCAGAGGGAAGCAGACCUCUUUUUAAUCGUCUUCCUUUUUCUUGUCUUGUAGCAGCAGUGGACGCCAGCUUAGUGAAGUCUUCAUCCAACUUCCUUCUCGCAAGGAGCUUCCAGAGUACUAUGAACUCAUCCGCAAACCAGUGGACUUCAAGAAAAUAAAGGUAAUUAUUCUUGCCUCAUUGUAGCAGCACAACAUUCACCUUUAUGUUCUCAUAUUUCCAAAAUUCUAAUACUACCAACCAUGUAAGGUAGUUGGAAAAUGUUCCUGCUGGCCAUCCUGAUUAGGGCAUGGGAUCCAUCAUUUUAUAUCAGUAGUAGAAUUUGUUGUUCACACAAGAUGAUAGUGGACUCCAGGAAAGAAGCCCACCUUGUGGAACGCCAUCCCAUCAGAUGUCAAGGAAAUAAACUAUCUGACUUGUAGAAGACAUCUGAAGACACCUGUUUAGGGAAGUUUUGAGUGUUUGAUGUUUUAUCGUGUUUUUAAUAUUCUGUUGGGAGCAGCCCAGGGUGGCUGGGGAAACCCAGCCAGAUGGGUGGGGUAUAAAUAAAUAAAUGAUGAUGAUGAUGAUGAUGGCAAACAGCACCUGAUCCCAUCACUGCAGGGCUAUUCUAAGGAUUUGUCAUGGCCUGUUGAAGCUGAGUUUCCAUGCUGUAGUUGCCAACUGUGGAAAAGCAAUGCCAUCUCUAAUCGAUCACAGGAAUAGCUCACUUUUUCUCUCUUGGUUUUGAAAGUCCAUUUUACAAAGUGUUGAAGUGCUGUACUUAAUGCCAUUCACCACAACAAAGGCAAAUGAACAGGAAUUGGCCAAUGCAACACAGUUGUGACAGAUGUGUAGCAACAUCCACAGUGGGGAGACCCAGUAUUUUUCUGCAUUAUUUGUAGGAACACUUUUUGAAUAAUAUUUAUUGAGAAUUUUAAGAUUACAAAGAAACAAAGAAAAAAAAGAAGGAAAAAACAAGUAACAUUUAAACAAUACGAAUCAAUAAAAAAACAAGGUCAAAAAGAGAAAAAAACAAAACACAUAAUACAUCAAAAUCAAAAAGCUAAAAUAGACAAAAAAUUUAAAAACAAAUCCAAUAUUCCCAAAUCGUUAACUGUCAUUACCUUGUUUCAUCGACCUCCUCACACCUCCCUUUUUUGUAUUCUAGUUGUUAAUUAUCUCAGCAAAUGCUUUCCAUCUUUCAUAAUAUUCUGUCAUUAAAUUACCUUAAUCUAUUUUAACCUUAUCUUGCCAUAAAAGGCCCUAAAACUUAAAACUUAAGUCUUAUUUAUACCAAAUUCUCUUAACCAUGACAUAUUCUUACAUAAUUCUUUUUAACAUUUCUGCUAAAGCCAAAUAAUUUCAUUCCAACAUUUUUCUAAUACUCUUUACUUUUACAAGAUUUUCCUAAAUAAAUUGUUUAAAACUUUCUUCCAAUCUUCAUCCAACGUCUCUUUCUCCUGGUCUCAGGUUUUGUCAGUCCUUUCUAUCCCAUCCAUCUAGUCCAUCAACCUGGUAACCUUAUAUCCGAGGCCCUUGGACCUCUUCCAUGUCCCAUCCGCAGAUCUUCUUCAUAUUUGUACCUGUGCUUUACUUUGUCUUCUGCUCCUUUCACUUGGGGAGACUCCAGCUUGACAAUGUUUUUGUCCCUUCUCGACAGAUCAGCCCCUUUUCCAAAGUCAACGCUGAACUCCAUGUGGUAUUUAAAAGCAUGUUUCAAAGUCCCUCCAAAGUUUUUUGGUAGGCUUGUAAGAACAGUGCACACAGCUCUUGCAGUUUCAGCAGCAGUGCAUUGAUCCAGUUUUGCUCUACAUCUUGUGUUGAUCUGUUAGGUUGGAUGCUGUAGACCUUAUUUUAACACAUUAGUUUUUCAUUGCAUUUUAAUAUCCUUGAAAGCAACCUCAAUAAUGUGCGGUUACCUGAAGUGUGAUCCAGCUCUGCUGGCUUAUUAAAUUGAUCUCCAAGUGGUGUUAUGUGUCUGUCAAAUUGGGUCAGUCUUUAAUGUGUUACAAGACACUUUUGCUGCAACAGACUGUUGCCCUUCUGGAAUAUGUGGCAUAGUGGUUAAGAGUUGUGAACCAUUAGAAACCCUGGUUGAAGUGUCACACCUAUCAUGAACUUGUUAGGUUUCCUUAUCAGACAAUGUAAAUAGUAAAGGUGCCACCCAAUUGUGUACAUCCACAAUUGUAUCUACAAUUGUGUCCCUCUUUUAAGCUGUUAAAAGUUAAAGGGUCCCCUGACCAUUUGGUCCAGUCGUGACCGACUCUGGGGUUGCGGCGCUCAUCUCACUUUAUUGGCCGAGGGAGCCGACAUACAGCUUCCGGGUCAUGUGGCCAGCAUGACUAAGCCGCUUCUGGUGAACCAGAGCAGCGCACAGAAACGCCGUUUACCUUCCCGCCGGAGUGGUACCGAUUUCUCUACUUGCACUUUGAUGUGCUUUCGAACUGCUAGGUGGGCAGGAGCAGGGACUGAGCACAAGAGCUCACCCCGUUGCGGGGAUUCGAACCGCCGACCUUCUGAUCGGCAAGUCCUAGGCUCUGUGGUUUAACCCACAGUGCCACCCGCGUCCCUUCUUUUAAGCUGUUAUUGUGCCACAAAUAACCAGCAUGGGAAAAUAUGGGUCAGCAGGCUAGUAACUUUUAUAGACUUCACUGAAGGACUGCCUCUUUCUAUGGUGGAAUAUAAAAAACGCUGUGAAAAUGCUUUUUUAAAAGAACAUUUUAAAAAAUACAUUGAAUUGAGUGUCGCAUUUGUAUAUUACACUUUACAACAUAUUUAAAACGUUUUACUUGCAGCUGAAUCCUAGGAAGAGCAAUUGAGCCCUAGCCUGGGCAAGGCUGAGUAGGAUGUGUUUAGUUUCUUUCUGCUUUGCCACCCCCUUUUUAUCUUAAUACAACAUACUAAUAUAGAUGGUUUUACAUGGUUUAAUGCAGUGGGCAGUUGUUGCUUUUACUCCCAUUACGUUUAAAUACUGAUGACUUCUGUGCAGACAUGACCUGGAACCUGUCCCUUUUCUUCCCUUUCCUUUUCAGGAGCGCAUCCGGAACCACAAGUACCGCAGCCUCAAUGAUCUGGAGAAGGAUGUUAUGCUCCUGUGUCAGAACGCACAGACUUUCAACCUUGAAGGCUCUCUGGUAAGGCAGUUGCCGCUGUCGUAUGAAUGGCAUGUAUGUCCCUGUCCAUGCAAAGAAAGGUUCACUGCAUCUCUCUCUCUUGAGUCCCUCAAAGUGCGCAUUGAACUAGACCUCUUGUUCUGGAACUGGAAUUGUCAAAACCCGAUUGCCGGCUGCUUAUCCCUAGAACAAGUAGCUGCUGUUGUGUCAUCCCAGUUAUCACAGGGGUUGUAAUUUUUUUUAUGGAACUGUGGUAUGGUGGCUGUGUAUGAAGCAAGUUCUGAGGUUGCAUAGAAUUGUUAUUUGCUGCGUCAUGAGGUUUUCUGAGACUUCAGUGGUGUGUAUAAUAUGAAGUGCCUUGAACACUCAGAAGCACUUUCAGCAUGAGCCCUGAAAAGAUUUCUCUUUGAGCAAAAGCAUUGUGGCAGUGUAGCAUGAUAGUAAACAUGUGAACUAGUUUUGUGGAGCUAGGAUUUUACCCUAAAAUGUGAUUUGCAUGUUCCUUGCAGAUUUAUGAAGACUCGAUUGUGCUGCAGUCUGUCUUCACCAGUGUGAGGCAGAAAAUUGAAAAAGAGGAAGACAGUGAAGGCGAAGAGAGCGAAGAAGAGGAAGAAGGAGAAGAGGAAGGAUCUGAAUCUGAAUGUGCGUACUUGCUUGCUUGCUAAGGUUUCUUUUGUAAAAAGUAUGUGUAUGCAGUUUAGUAAAAGAAAAUGCCUGAAAGGAGGAACCAGAAAGUCAGCAAACUGGUAUUGGAUUGAGCCACGGUCUCAUGUUCUAUGUACACUCAGAGCAGCAUAUAGGGGAAACCCUUGUGCUGCCACUGUUUUCUCUAUACUUGGAGACUUCUUGAUUUUCCUGGAGGAAAAAAACCCAUAUGGGUUUUCAGUGUGCAGAUGCAGAGCCUUACUGUCAUUGCUCAGAACCAGGUGGAGGUGAAAGUAUUGCUUCUUGAUUAAAAAAGACAAUGAAGUACAGGUGGCAUAAAGGGAGUUAGGCUAUAUAACGAUGAAGCCUUGUCAUGAAUGGUAUUGCAUUUCCAUUCCUGUGUUCUUUGCUCAUGAAGAGAUGGGAGCACACAGAGAUGGGGACAGAGAGAAGAGCAUGAAGGCUGAUCCUAUCCUGUUGUGGCCUUGCCAAUCUUACCUUUUUCUCUUUCCCCUCAGCUCGUUCUGUCAAAGUGAAGAUUAAACUGGGCAGGAAGGAGAAAGCACAAGACCGGAUGAAAGGACGCAGGCGCACCAGCCGUGGGUCACGGGCCAAACCUGUAGUUAGUGAUGAUGAUAGCGAGGAAGAGCAAGAAGAGGUAACUGCAGGAUGUCAUUCCCCUCACACUGUUGCCAGUGGUUCUCAAAGGAGUCUUCAAGGAUGGAUUUGUGCAAUUCCAGUGAAGGGAAAGGGGCAAAGAAAGGAAGACAGACAAGUCCUUUUACAGUUUAGGCAAGCACAGAAGUGGGUCCUACUGCUCAUGAUCCAGCCUCUUGGGUAUGGAGUAGUGGACAAAAUGCUGAGUUAGAGCCAGGGGCCACUACUCAUCCAUGAAAUUUCCUGGAUGACUUUAGGCCAGUAUAUCAGUCUAAUCUAUCUCUGGCUGCUGUGAGGAUAAAGGGGGAGGGCGCCCUGCGUAAAAAAAAUAAUUGCCUAAAAAAGAGUGACAUAUAUUAUUUUUCUUUCUCCGUCAGGAUCGCUCAGGAAGUGGCACCGAAGAUGAUUAA